GAAUAUUCGUGGAUAGAGUAUUUCUGGUUGGAUUAUGAGCAUUUCUGAUUGAAAUAUAAAUAUUUCUGGUAAGAAUAUGAAUAUUUGGGUAAGAAUAUGAAUACUUGAAUUGAGAAAUCUGUAUUUCAGGAAUAUUGAAGAUAGGAAUAUUGUAGGUAGGGAUAUUGGAUAUUAAAGGAAAAUAUUCCGCUUAAUUCCACCCCCGACAGAGGAGACUACAGGUAAUAUAGACAAGAGACUGGCAAAUGACAUUUCAAUCGCUGCUUUUCUGAUUCUACACAGUGCUAGCAACAUACGAUGCAUUUUAGCAUUAUACGUGGCGCCUUAUAUUUCACGCGGUUGUUUGAGCAUUACAUGAGCAUAGCAUACAUACUAAUCUGUUUUUCAUUCCCCGUUUUUCGUUCAAUCCAAAAUCAAUCGUCAUCCAAAAAUUGUUACAAUAUUUCGCAUUGUUUCAAGCAACGCCUGCUUGGUCUUCCUUAGACUUGCUACUAGUUACUGAAAGACGAAAUCAAAAAUUCUUUACAAUCUUUUAAAACUGUUUUAAUGGCUUUGUUAAAAGUUAUAUGUUGGGCUCUCAUAUUUAUUAUACGAAUUCGAGUAGGCCCUUGUACAACGUCGAGUAAGCCGGUACUAUAAGCCUCCUAGAUGAGUGUGCACGCUCUUUGGGCAAAUUCAUAGAUUUUCGCUGGUCCCUACAAAAUACAAGGAGAAAUUCGACGUUUCGAGCCCUUCUUCGAAACGACGAAUUUCUCCUUGUAUUUUUCAGGUAGUUGUAUCCCUAUCAACGAAAGCUUGUUAUGGUCUGUGCCAGUGUAUUAUUUAUAACUGCGCGGUUGAACUCAAAUCACUGAGGUGAAAGAUGACGGGAGCUCAAGCUCGCCCAUUCGUUUUAUUCGCUCACUCGUUUUACUCGUUGCAGUGCGAGUCGUUGACUUGCGGCAAAUCUAGGUCUUACUUCGCAUGCUUUGCCGGGGUGGUAACAUCACUAAAUGUCCACUGAGAGUUUGGUAGCUUAAAUAACAGAUACCCAGCAGAUCACUUGAGAACUGUCAACAACAAAGAUUGGGGUAAAACAUUGAACUCAAGGGCUUUCGUGGGAGGUGAAUUUUUCAGGAAAUAUUGUUGACCUGCUGUAAAUUGCAGUUUGUAGUUGCCAAGAUCUAGUCUAUAAUCGAAGGUUCGAUGCCGGACUACAAUCCUGCGAUUGAGGUGUACAUGCGGCCAUUUGUAGUGGGGCUAUACGUGACCAGUGGCGGACACUGGGGGAGGGGGGGGGGGAGGGUGGCAACUGUCCCCUCAUAGUUUCUGAAACCCUUUGAAUGAUAGCUGAAAACUGUGUAACAAAGCUGGAACGAAAAAAAUCCAACCAUGAAAGCCUUAAAAAGCCCUAAAAAUUAAUUUAAGCUGCAUAUUGCAUGAAAUCUAAGGAAAAAGGUGUACAGAACUAGAAAAGGUGGUCAGAUAUGCUGGCAACCUAUAAAUUUAGCCACUCCCUCCCUAGCUCACGCCCCACAAAAUUUUGCGAAGUAUCUGACUGACUAAACUAACUUUCCUUAGGCCAGACUUUUCACUCAUUUCUUGAUUUACGAAUUUUUUUGGUCGGUAUAGGCCGGAAAAAAAGUCCGACUAUGUUUAUGCAUGCAGAAUUGAACCAAUCAAUCUUUGCCAUUUGGAGCGUCAUAUUAUGCUAUAUCAGUUCAUGAAAUCUAAGGAGAUUCAGUCAAAAAAGUCUGCCUUAUAUAUUGCAUUAAAUCUAACGAAACUACCAAUUGCCAACAGUUGGGAUGUAUAUUCAAUAUUUUCACGCUUUCCAUGGAGAUUUUUUUACGGUUGGACGUAUAAUGAACAAAAUGACAUCUGCAUGCUCUCAGACCCCUUAGAGUUUUUCUAGCCCUAUCCCCCGUCCACCCACCAACCAAUCAAAUCUUCUGCCGUCUAAGGUCACUAUAGGACGAAAUCAGCUAAAACCGUUCAACCACUGAUCAGAUACGUCAUCAGAAUAAUUAACAGCUAACUGUUGCUGUGUAGUAUUUUAUAAACCCAUUAUUAUUGAACUGAGUCCAAUUGCCAAAGGCUAGGCUGACGGCUGUCAUCGAUAAAAGCUUUUAAUAAAAUGUUUGAAAAUUUAAUUCAUGUUUCCGAAUUUAAUUACCACAAAAAAUAAUAACCUUCACUAGACCAUAUGUGCCUGUGCCAUGGCUCUUAGCUGAGACCUGAUUAGGCUAUCAAGUAUAAAUAAGUUUAGUUCCAUUUUAAUGUGUUCUAAUCAUUUUAGUUUAUCACUGACCUUGUAAUUUUGCAGUUGCCAACAACGAUUAUAUGUAUAAUGUGAGGUUUUGUAAACCCAUUGUUCGAACUGAGACCAGUUGCCAAGGGCUACUAUCGUCGACAACAGCUUUUAAUUAAUAGAAUGUUUGGAAAUUAAAUUCAUAUUUCCAAUUCAUAAUAUUAUCAAAGUGCGAAAAAUCCUUUAUCUUCGGCCACGUUAAUUAAAAAAUCUCAACCAACCGAAAUAGGACUAGAUUUCAAAUCCGCACAAUUUGCGAUCAGGACUUGAAAUCUAGUCCAGUCCAAAUUGGGGGAUCUGAAAUAACAUCUCAUACGAAUAAGUCACUGAAUGAAUUAAUUUUGAUCAGUGGCCAGGCAUAUCUUUCAAGCUCGCCCGUUGUGGAUAUGCACUCAGAUUAACAUCAUAAGCAUCAUAACGCAAUAUGAUUGGUUAAUUAAUUAUUAAUGAGUUUGAGAUACUUUACUUUCCGUCAUGAGACAAAUAAAUUAUAAAUUAUCCAACUCAAGGUGGAGUUACAUGAGCAACAAAAUACAUGCCUUUCGAUAAUUACGUCACAACUACACUGUUUUCAACUUAGGGCCACCUUAAAUGGAAAGGAUUUCAAGUUUUUAUCUCGUGGGAUAUGCACAGAGAAGCAGAACAUCCUUCUUCAACACAUGCAUGAAAAAGAAUUCUUUAUUUUGACCAAUAAAUGUGGAAAUAAGCUUACCUGGAGCCUCGUUUUUGUGUUAAUGCUUAUUUCCAUAUUUAUUGAUCAAAAUCCAAAUUUUUUUCGCGCAAGAAGGAUGUUCUGCUUCUCUGUGCAUAUCCCAUGCGAAAAAAAAACUUGAAAUCCUUUCCAUUUAAGGUGGUCCUAAGUUGAAAACAGUGUAAUUGUGACGUAAUUAUCGAAAGGGUGUGACUUGACCACGUCGGUAGAUUGGCUGUAGUAUAUAACUGUAAAGGGCCGUCCAUGAUUAUCAAAUAUCAAUAUUAUCAGGCGGCGAGUGUGACAAGAGUACUCUUUUUACCGGCCACCUCCCCCCUGAACUCUUUAAAUGUUGAAUCUCAGGGAUGAUGAUGACGUACAUCACUUCCCAGCGUACGGUUUGUACGCUUGUGAAAAAUGCUGCGUCACAUCUAUCGCAAGCUGCUUAGGAUGAUGUAACAUGAAGCAAUUCUUAACAUAAAUGGUCAUUAGGUAGAAUACUGUAGUUUUCACUUUUCACCUGUGGUGGCAGACAUUUUUGCGAAAGAGGCGAAUAGGUUGCCAACAUACGUUCUUUAAACUUUUAAAUUUAAUGCAAUAUGUAGCUUAAAGAUGAUGUCCACUCCGUUCUGCGCAUCAGUUCUGCUCAUAACAAUGGGGGACCCGCAGAUAUAAACAUUGCCCAAAUUUUGCAUCUUUCGAACUUUUUUGAAUUGAAUUGAAACGUACAGUUUAUAUUCAUUUACAAGUAAGCGAACCAGAAAAGUGUUAGAUAUUCAGUUAGUAUAUCCAAGGCUGGGUUGACUACAAAAUUUUUGUAGUUCGCUAUAACUACAGCUACUUCAAAAAUAUGUAGUCAGCUGCAACUACUGCUACUUUUGAACAAAGGUAGUUCGCUACUGACUACAGCUACUGCUUAAAAAAUGUAGCGAACUAUUUCGCUAUUUCGCUACUCUAUAUUUUUUAGUUUUACGGUAUUUGGAGCAUCCACUAGCUCAGGCUGUAAUAUAACCUACAACAAAUCGACUUACGAGUAGCAACAGUAAACACAAAGCAACAUAUUUGUAAUCACUAGAGUGUUCAGGAGUGCAAAUUGACUAUUGAGUAUCGAUUUUAAGCAAACCGUGUCUCAAUAUCAGGCUAUUCUAUCAAGUUGUUAACAAUUUUAAAAAGUAGCGAAUAGCGAUUUGCUGUUUGAAAAGUAGUCAACUACUUGGCUACUUUUAGGCAAAAUGUAGUUCGCUAUAACUACAGCUACUGUUUUAAAAAUGUAGUCAAAAACUACUGGCUACUUGAAAAUUGUAGUUCGCUACAGUAGCGAACUACAACUACUUCGCUACAACCCACCCUUGAGUAUAUCAUAUUUUAAAAAUGUAGCAGCUUAAAACGUAAACAAAGUUCGCGCAUGUGCACUGGGGUGGACAUCAUCUUUAACUUCCAGUUCUUCAAUGUUUUCAUGGUUAAAAACGUAUUGUUACAAUUUUUUUGCACAGUUAUUCAGCUAUCAUUCGGUAGUUUCAGUGAAGGCUUUGAUGUAUAAAUACCCUCUUAUUAAGAGAUUUUGUUAAUUAUUAUUAUUUGUUUGCGGAAGAGCCUUCUACGUACAUCCUACGUCAAGAUAUAGAAGGAAAGUUUUUGCACGACCUUUUCGGCACCAACCAGGAAUCGAAGGCUUGACCUUGCCAUUCCCGUACAGCACUCUGUCGCCGACGUACUUUGACCAUUGAAAUGAAUUUUGAAACGCUACUUCGAACCGGAAAUGUGAAGCCAAACUUGAAGGCCAGUGCAGUCUUUUCACGCAUAUGCGAAGAGCGCUCAAUCAGUCAAUCAUGAUGUAAAUACUUACGCGUGUCUUGACGCCCAGCCCAGGCUGGGCCUGACGCGUGUCUGGAUGUCAGAUUUGGCUUUAAGAAAAAGUUUAUCUUCAAGGUAGCGUUCCAGUUAUAUUCAUUUCACUGACUCUGACCGCUUAACAAUAUGGGCUAGUUGCCAAUAGCGUCACCGCAACUUUGGAAAUACGCAUUCAUAAACUGUAUAUAAUUUAUAUACUACAAGACUGUAGUCGACUAAAAUACCCUUCCCGAUAUUUCGACUUUAUUUGUACGUGGCAAUGCAUGUGAUGAAUGUAAUAAGGCCAUUUGCCGUUUUAUCACUACCAUGAAUCUGAUGUUUGGAAGCCCCGUGUGAAAUUAAAAUAAAAUGACAUCAUAUCCUGUUUAAUCAUUGCAUGUGGGAUAAAUUUAACCUAGGAAUUAAUUAACUCGUUCAUUUUCGCUUUGACCGCCUGUUAAAAAGCCGGCAAAUCCUCUUCGACCUCGUUUACAUGCGAACGGAAUUAAGUCAGCCCACGACUAUGUCAGAACGAGACGAUUUCGUGUCGGUUGCGGUGUUGUCUCCAGUCGCUGUUUAUAUACCCGAGACAGUAAGAGGCGGACGAAAAAUGGAAAUUGAACAGCGUGUUAAUUACAUGAGACCGGGUCGGAAAUCAUUUGAGUUUCUUUCUCGUAUUUCAAAAAAUGCAAUCUUGUCUAUAAGGUCAUAGUUUCGUAUUAUCGGCGUUGUUCCAAAUUCAGACCGGUCCAAAAUUAGUUGCGUUUACAUUUUUCGCGUUCAGAAUUCGUCCCGGCUUGCAGUUGUAAGUCAGUGAGUUCGAUCUUGUAACUAAUCGGGAUGAAUUCUGAGCAAUUUUUGAACGCGAUCGCGGUCUUCCUGUUUCAUCUUUGUUCCUCUCUUAGUACAUUCCAGUUAAACAUUGUUCUACAAUGCAAACGGGAUGCGUGACAUUAUAUGGCUUCUUGCUAGAAUCAGUAGAAUGGAACAAAAAACACAAAACAUAACAAAAAGAUUCCCGCAGAGUUUCGUGUAGUGAUUACCCCAUAUUAUACAGCGCCGUGGUUUCCUUAGCAGGAAGAGCCAUUCAGAGCUCGCUAUCCACGUGUCCCUGUAAACCCCCAGAGCGCGCGCGAACCAAUCAGAACGCGUAAUCUUGCUUAUAUUUCAUCACAUCUGCUAAGCCUUGUUUUCGUCGGCUCAGGUGACUUUCCGUGCAGGUAUCAAGCGAACAAGUGCGGCGUAAUAGUCGCUACUUUCUGCCUGUCUCUCUAUUUCGUCGUCCAAUAUGCUGGAUGAGGAAUCGCCUGUAGUGGUUGUCUUAGCUUGCGAGCCUUUGCAAUGCGACGAGGCCGGAGACUAUUGCGGAUUCGAGCUUGCAUAUAUUGUAUACGAUCGAGCUCACGACAAGGUAUUCAACUCCGCCAUGCAUAAAUAUGAGAUAUAUCAAGUUUCCGUUUUGUGGGGGUGAUUAUAAAUUCGACAAUUCGAAAACAAAGUUUGCUAUAAUUUCUGUAUCCGUCGUGUUCUAUCGCGGUAUCGAAUAUAAGCCAAUACCAUAUUGUUUACAUUCAGAACUCCGUUUCUCUUGCAGACUUUGGGUAGCUUGGAGAGAACUAUACGGCCUAGUGUGAUUCCGGAAAAGACAGACGGUUUGCAGAACUGUGAAUCAAACGAAAAGGAAGAAGAGGCUUGCUCAUUGGAAUCCUUCUUGCAGAAGGUGAGUUUCAUAUAUGUAUAUUAAAUCUGCCAUGAAUAAUCAGCCCUCACAGUGUUCCUACGCGAUUGCUUAGCCGGUCUUUGUCUGAGCCGUUUGUGUAUACAGUCGGGGUCAGGAUUUGAUAAAUGUCAUAUUAGAAUGCCUUUGUUUCGUCUGCUAACAGGAAUAUUUAUGGCAAUUUCUACCUAUUUGUGAAAGCAAAGCAUAACGCGGAGUUUGUGGUUUCGUUUCUGCCCUCGCCGAAACCCGCAUAUAUUUGAUCGCUGGCAAUGUAUACACGCCGACUCUGGCAUUUCGACCUUUUCAGCCCCGUCUGUCUGUAAGCUGCUUCCAGAAAUGCCUGGGGAAUGCAAAAGCUGGCAACGGCCGAAGUGAUUUCUCUAAAAGUAAAAGGGCCAUUUGUUGGCAUAAUAUUGCGUUUACUCACUUUUAUUGUGCUGUAAUUAUGCGCGAACGUGCGUGUUCAUAAAAUAUUUAGAUCGGAUACGAGUAUUUCAGCUUAUUAUAACUACGUUUUCCUGCAUACAAGAACCAAACAAUAUGCAGUUCAAGGUCAUGGCAUCAGGCAUCUAAACAAUCCAGUGCCCGUGGGUUAAAUUUAAAGAUAGUAUUCCAAAACAGAGAUUUUGUAUAAGUGUGUUUACGAUUUGCUUGUAUUAUAAUCGGAAGUUUGUUGCAGUCACAAUGGUAACACAGGCCUCGCUCAUGAAUUUAGCAUACAGUGAAUUGAUAUAUAAACUUAUAUUUAAUACGCAUUUAUAAUCGUUUUGGCUACAGUCAUUUGUAUUAGAUCGCUGUUGAUACUUGUCCACCUAAAAUUCAAACACACAUCGACGUUUCGGGGUACAACCAGGAGGUUACUUAGUAUAUGAAGUGUUUUCAAAUAUUUUUUUUGGCACACGCGAGCAGAUUUAAUUCUUAUAUCAUAUCUGCCCGAUGCUUGUGACCCCCCUAAGUUAAGAGAUUUUUUUUGAGUGGUCGGCGAGAUUUCUUGUUGCAUUUAUUGCAAACGAGGGGCUCAAACGCGGCGUUUCCUUGAUGUAGAGGUAUGGCGGUGCUUGCAAACUUAUUUUCGCAUUCGUUUUGAAGACAGCUAAUUACCUGUGCUUGUGAUUGAGACAUAUUGACAGGAGGCGGGUAACGUCUCUCGCAAAGUGUUCCCAGACCAUUACGUUUUUGUCCAAUCACAUAUUCUGUGGUGACAUGUUGACUUCUGUCUGUGCUUGGCACUCUGCCCCGCUUUUGUGCUCAGAAUAGCUCACAAUAGAAACAUAUAUAUGCACAUAUAUACGCACACAUCACUUCGAAACUGUGACUGUUUAAUUAACAGUCCGGAGAAUUAUAGUCUUGUCUUCGAUAUCGUCCUUUUGCAGGCAAAUAUAUAUUUUGCCAGUAAUUGUUAAGGAUGGUUUAUAGACAAUGCAGUUGGCACAACACUGAAGUUUCUUUGAGCAAAGUACAUUUUGAUGAAAGUGUGUGAACUGUAACCCCAUUCAAAAGGUUCAUCAAAUAUUUGCAAAGCUCGCAUUUAUUUCUUAAGUCUUCCCAUCAUUGGCAUUGCUGUCAAAGUUUUGUUUGCGCGAGAUGAAGCCAUUUUGAUCACACUAAAACUUUUAAAGUUCAUUGUAAACAAGUCUUAUGCAAAAAAAGUCGCAGUACCUUUACUUCACGGAGCUGUGAUUAAGUUUAAAAUUCUGGUUUGCACUAUCGAAAUUUCGUUGGGCAAAAUAUCAUGCUUUGUCACAAUGUAUGACCUUAUAUAAACCUCCCUAUAAAAGUCUGAACGAUGCAAUCCUAUUGACUUCAAAGAUGGCUGUGUCAAAGUUCAACUCCAAUGCAUGUGAUCAAAUCACCAGCCUUAACCCCUUAUAUACCCGCAUUUCCCUGUUGCUUCAGCAAACAAAAUUUGUAUUGGAAUAACUUGAGUAUUUCGCCAAUCGCCAUCUACUGAGAAUUUGUUACUAGAUGCGGUUCAGUAUAAGUCCGAUUACAAACACUUCCCAAUGAAGAUUAGCAGUAAAAGCAGUUUUAUACGAACCCAGGUCCAUGACCGUUGACCGCGCUCAGUGCUUAUAGCAGAAUGUCCCAGUCUAACUGCACAUUUUUGUGGUAUUUUUCUGUGCUAAGGAUUUCUUUAAGUAUCCUUUCAGUUGAUUUACUUUUAAUAUUCAAGGAGUCAUGCGUUUCAGCAUUUUCAAUAUUUGUAUAAGACUAAUGUGAAUGGCAACCACAAAAACAUAAAUUGAAUAUUUCUUGAUCUAUAUUGGAUGUUUAGACUUUAGUACUAAAGAGAUAAAUUUUCUUUCUGUAUGCAAGUUUUGGCCAUUCAACUUUGAUCUAAUCGGAUUACCAGCAGUUAUCUUCUAGACUCUUCAUAUUAUAAAAUGGUGCCGGAAAUAUACUCGCAACAAUAUAACCAAUAUUCUGUAAACAUGUCUAAAAUAUAGAGUGCGCAUAUAGAGUUGCAUGUGUUACUCACGCAUAAAUUUGGACUCAUGUGCGCUACAAAAAAAACCAAGUUUAUUUUUCAUUAAUAAUAAUAGCUCUUAUUUGUUGUAUCUGGCUGUUUGCCCACUAUGUCAGUUCCUUUGUUUCUUCCAAUGACGCGUCGGUAAAUCGCAGAUGAACUAUGUCUAUGACAUGUAUAGCUGAGACUGGAAUCGUUAGAAUAUGCAUAUAUGAAAGUAUCAACUAUUCAAUCUCAAUUUGAAUAUGGAAAAAGUUGCUUUAAAAGCAAUUAAUCUCCGCAUGGCCAUGGACCAUGGUUGACUCACUCAUUCAGGAUCAAAAUACAAUCUUUACUUUGCAAACUAAAACAUGCAGAAGACAAAAUAUGUUAGUACAAAAAUGUUUUAUUGCAGGUCAAUCGUGGCUAUAAAUAAAACACAAAUAGCGUGAUACAAAACACACACACACAUGCAUAUAUUUAUAAUUUAAUGCUUCCAAUCCCAGCUACAUGCUAUAUACAGUAUUUAAAAGCCCCCGCAUGAACUAGAACCAGUGAAUUUGACUUCAGAGUUCAGACUGACUGAAGUGGUUCUUAUAUAAUCUUACUUCAAACUAUACAGUUUUUUCUAUUCUACACAUUAAUAGCGACUGUUGUUGCAUAAAACUAUUGCUAUGACACUAAUAUGGUUCUCGUUAUAACAUAUAUCUAAACUUAAAAAAGACUAUAGUGUAUUUUGGGUGCUUAAUUGCCCAAAUUUCAGGCUAGUGGUUCUUAACCUACUGGUUCUUUUAUGCGGGGCUUUACUGUAGUUCAACUACAAUUUAUCUCGACGCAAUACCCCUCAUUUUGAUGCCCAGUCAGGCCCUCUGAAUUUCCUUACAGAGCUAGCAAGUCCUUGAGGUCCAGUUAAGAGCCAUCUUUAACAUAAUAAUUGCCAUCCAGUGUUACGAUUGUAUUAAAAUCAGGAUUCCAUCUGUUUAGUAACUCUAAAAAUUUUGCUUUAACUUUUUGUCUCAGUCUUAGUCUUAGAGAGGUGUAGUAAAGGCAAUCAGUUAUAGGACUAUACUGUUACUGCAGUAUGAGAAAACUCAUGCCACUUGCUUUGUAAACCAGCUUCAAAGCUGAUAUCACGAAUGUGAAGUUUUGACUGACUGCGUGCUCGUAGCAAAAAUAACCAAAUACGAACCGAUUAAAAAUAACCUGAAUACGAACCGAUUAAAAAUUGCCGGUCGGUCCACCUUUGUGCAUCAUUAAAGCAAUGCAUAACAAAAGAAAAAGGCAAUUAAUCACUAAUGUGUCUUGCUAGAACAAUAAGCUUAAAACAUAUAUUGACAAUUAUUUCAUUUUAUCCUCAGUACUGAAAACUGAGUUAAAUGAAUUAAAUAUGGUAUAUUAAGAUACAUACAUAAAAAAUCUACCACUACAUUACAUACAAAAAUAUAACAAUUUUACUAAUAACCUAAUUUAAACUUUCAAAAACUGCUAAAAUGUCGUAACAGUAUUUGCAACCAAGUUCAUAAUUGUCUUGUCUUGAAUAGCCAUAAUAUAUCUAAAAAUAUCUUGUUGAGUGAACAAACAGAAAGAACGAUUUAUUUUACAUAAAUUAUUUAUAAAAAUAUUUCUAAGACUAAUAAAUUUAGAAUUUCUGCAUGACAUUAGAAAGUGGUAUUCAUUUCCAAUCUCAUUUAUGUCACAAUGUUUACACAGCCUAUCAUUGUAUGGAACAUUGUCAUAUCGACCAGUUUCAACAGGUAAUCUAUGUGCUGAGAUCCUUAGUUUUCUAACAGCUUGACGAUAUUUGAAAUUCUGGACUAAGUAAAGAUACCUUUCACAAUCGAAGUUUAUUUUCAAGUUUUUGUAAACUCUUUUGUAAACUCUUGGUUAAAUUAAAAUCAUGAAUUUUAGAGUUUCCCCCCACUUCCCGACGUCGACGAUGGAAAAACACGAUUUCCCCGAUCGGUAAUUUUUGCUCGGUUUGUUUUUGGUCAUUUUCCCUUAUAAUGCCUAAUUACAAAAAAGGUAUCAUUGGACAUCUAAAAUCCCAUGAAUUUUCCUGCUGUGUACUAAAACGUUUGUCGACUCAAUAUUGAAGGCGCGCAAACAUGUUAAAGUUGGAUUAUUUUUCAUACAUGCACCCUGUAUAAGACGGUAUACUAAUGAAGCCGAUUGUCUUUACUCUGGUAUAUAUUGCCUGUUUACGGGCAGGCUCUAUACCAAAUUAAUCCAUGCUGGAUUGUUAGCCUAUUAAGACGUAUUAUUGUUCAACUAAAUUUGCUAGAACGUACUGAUAUAAAAUAUGUUUAUUUCGAUCAACAUGCAGACAGUAUAGACAAUCAAAUCCCGCGACAAUGGACUUUCUUGCGGUUUCGGCUCCUUUGUUGGUUUUUCGACUCAAAACUGAUAUCAAGAGAUCAAAACGGCAAAGGAGCCAAAACGGCAAAACAACGCUACACUGCAGCGCCUUAAAAUUAGCAAAACAAAUACUGUCAAAUAGCUUGGUAAUUUGCUUCAUUUUACCGACUAAUUAUACAGACUUUAUUACUAAUUAUUAGAUAUACAACUUGCUGUUCUGUUUUAAAGCAAUAUUAACAUCAACUUAUACGGGUAAAAUUUGUACCUUUCUUGGACCUCAUGCGCAGUGGCUGUGGUUUAAUUAUUGUUAAAUGGCAUUGCGCCCUAAUGCACCUUACUUUGUUAGUUUACUUUGUUUAAUACCACUAGUCUAAAGUGCUGGCCAGUGGCGGAAAUUCACUUUUUCCGGGGGGGGGGGAAGCCUCCUAAAUUUCCGAUAAAACUUUCAAAUGUCCGACAUACCACCCCAUUUGCACUCGAAAAGACUGUUUUUAGCCGUCUUUUAGGUCAAAAUUUCCGAAAAUUCGGCAAUUUUCCAUGAAGUUGGGGGGGGGGGGCAGCCACGCCCCACCAAGAUUUCCGCCACUGGUGCUGGCUCUCAGUGGGUUAAUAUACUUUUGCAAAUUUGUAAUACUAAAGCUCAUGUUUAUUUAUCAGGCAAAACAUCAUGGUUCAACAUUUUAAGUAGAUUACUCAAAUGUGUGAGUAAAUGUACUCAGACAAUUUUGUUUAGUAAAGUUUCAAAUUUACUCAUUUAUUGGGCAGGCGUUUCAUUUAUUCAGUCAUAUACCCACCCAAAUGGUCUGCUUUGCAGGCUGUUCAAUUAUUUGAGUAGUAACGAUUUACUUUACUUGAGAAAUGAGUAAAUUUGCUCAUAAAUAUGAGUAAUUUUACUUAUAUAACUUAAGUUUUUGAGUUUAUACAUGGCCAGUAGCCAUGUGGCUCUAAUUAAAGCACUCUUAUAAAUAUUAUAAUUCAUGGAACCUCAGAUUUAUAAUUAUACAUAUUUUCAUUUUUAUGCUUUUUGCAAUAAAAUUUCAGCCAAGGUUAGGGCGGGAGCGUUUCCAAGCCAUUAUAUCAUUAGUUCUCCUUGAAACAGUUUGAUAUCUCAAUAAUUAGUACAUAGUGGUAGAUUUCUUGAUUUUCAUGUCUAUGACGUAUAGUUUAAAUCUCUGCAGAUGGAUGUCAUUUUAUCAUGUCUAUAUCAAUAUUGAGAAUAUUUUUCAACACGAUUUUAGGAUUUUGGGGAGAUUUGGGGAUUUUGCAAGAGAUUUUGCGGAUUUUGCAAGACAUUUUGAGAUUUUCAACUAUUUUGUGGAGAUUUUAGUGUUUAUAGGACGUUUUUGCAUGGAUUUGGGGUUUAAUGGAUUUCAGAGGUUUUUCUAUUUGUCGGAAAGCUAGCUAGUGUACAAGAUUUUUGAAAGCACAUGUAAAGAAACCCUCCAUCUUCUCGUCUUUAAGUUGAGAUUUUUUAUAUGAAAUCCGUUUUAGAGGGUAAUUAAAGGUAGUUAUUAUGACUCGUGUUUCAUUCUAAUUAUCUAAAUUUCAAUUGUUAACGUUUCGUUUCCUCAUCAGAGCUAUUAGCUGAUUUAAACACAACGAUGAGUGUAUGCCCCACUUGUACGUCAUUACACUACAAAUCAGUUCCGCCAAAUUCGAACUUGAAACCACGCCUGAAACAAGAGUCAAGGUUACAUAUUCUAAUUUACCUGUCCUAAAUUCAACCUGUUUUUCAAACUUAAAUCUUAUUCGUCCUCACUUGCUGAAAUUUAAAUCUUCUUGAAUGACUAAUUAUAUGGAAGAUAAUCUUCAACUUUCAAAGGCAAAAUCUCAUUUAGUUUGCCAAACAAUUACAUGAGAUAUUUUUCAGUGCUUUUCAAUGUAGAAACUCAAGUUCUAUAGUGCGAUCAUUUUAAUUUGUUUUCAUAUUUUUUAUGUGAAGUGACUGUAAAAUUGAACUAUAAAAUUUAUCGCCGCACCACUGACAUAAACCUACAAUAGAACAAGUAAAUAAUUGAAAGGGAAUCUAUUGAAUUGCAUGUGGCCAUAUUUUGAAAGGCAAAUUACAUAAUAUAAUGAUAGCUUGUUAUAUAAUAAAUAGGCAUUAUAGAUUGUUUCAUAUACUAUUCUAAAAGAAUAUAUGCAUAGUAUGAAACUGGUUUUCAUACUAUUCAUUAUAUUAUGAACCUGAUUUUUCGCAUCUCCGAGAAUGGUUCUGAAAUUAUAGAUAGCCUUUUGCCGAGUUUGGGUAUAAAUAUCAGCUUUCUUGAUUUAAUGUAUCUUUAAUGAAUAAUGUUCUGCAUUCAAUGUAUUAUUGGUAUUUCUGUGUAAAUAAAUUUAUUAUUACUAUUAUUAUUAUUAUUAUUAUUAUUAUAUAAUUUGAUUUAGGAUAUUAAUAUAAGAAUAAUAUAAGAUUAUUAUGAUUGAUUCAAUCAGUGGAACCUUUGAAGGUCUCAAUGUUUCAAUCAGAUAUUGUCAAUGGACAUUUGAACCGCAAUCUCUUUGGAUAGCUGGAUUAUAAACACCUCAAUAGAAACACCUGCGUCUCAUGUAAACAAAAUAUUGUAAUCAUGCAGGGACAAUAUUUUGGAAUAGUAGGAGUCUUCAAUUGCAUACCUAUAGUUUCUUGAGUGUACUAUAUUCAAUAGACAAUAUCGCAAACGCCCUUUUUAAGCCUUGAACGUAAAGGCUCUUUAUAUUAUUAGCUCUUAAACGUUUACGGUUUAGCUAGAACAUUGUUGACAAUAUAAAAGGGCAAUCGUCAAGGCAAUCAUUACGUCUCAUUGUUUACUUUCAACUGCUGUAUUUUGUAGACAAUAGUUGUCUGUUGAGGCAGAUUACAGACGCCAUUUUAGCAUAUUCCAUGGACAUUGUGACAUUUAUUUAGACUCCUGUUGCAUGUUAAUACCUUGAUUUUUGAGGCCAAUAUUUAAAACUUGGCAGUGAAUGCCAUUAACGUCUUUAGUUGCUGAUAAUUUGAUAAAUAACCAGUAAUUGCCAGAGACAAUAUGACAUUAGGGAAUAGGGAGCAGAAAACAAAAACUUGAUUUAUAAUUAUGUGUGUGUUGUGGAAAAUCAACUAGCAGACCACUUCUGAACUGUAUUUGACAUUUAUUUUUUCAUGAGGGACCGAAAGUCGUGAUUUUUCUCCAAGCACUCCGGUUUCCGGUUUCCGCAAAGAUGUAGACAGAAUGGGUCAAUAACAAUAGGAUACAUAUAGAUAUACCAGUUACAUGCGUGAACAGUUCAUAUAAUUAUAAAUUUAUGAAUUAACAUCUAUAUGUCUACUUUUCCAUGUGGGACUAGGAAACCAGAGAUGUCGGAGAAAACCAAUGACUUUUGGUAGACCGUUGACAAUCUCUUUUCGCUUGAAUGUCUUCAGUCGGGGGCGAGAUUGGAACACAUGACCUCGGAGAAAAGCGCUCGCCGCAUUGGAAACCCUGAAUAGCUGCAUGAAAAAGACUGUCCCAAGAACUAUGGCUAACCUCUCUUAUAAUCAGUUUAGACUUGAAUAUUUUCAAAAUUAUCCCACUAAGAAGCACCUGUAUCAUGCCGUGAUGUAAAGACACCUACAAUGCCUAUAAAAGCAAGUGACUCGAUGACGUAUUAAGUGAAUAUCUUGACAAUUCAUUGAGUCAAUAUAAUGAAACAUGAGAACGAUUUAUGAGAAAGUUCUCCAGGUUUUUAACAUGAAUAAUUACUAAUUCUAACAUUUUGGAAAUAUUACCAAUUGCCAAUCGAUCUUUGUGCAGUUGCGAAGCACAAAUCGGCAUAUAUUGACUUGUUGUUGUGAUGUUUGCAUAAAACUGUGAUUGUAGCAUCCGGAAUUUUGUAUUCCUAAUUUCCAUAUUAACAUUGUUUUGCCCACGCAUCGUCAUGUCAUGCUGUGUAUAUAAUGUUUUAAUUUGUCAUAACUCUUUCUUAAUCAAUUCGUUAUUCAUGGCUUAUCCGCCUCUCAAAAUCUUUAAAACCAAUAUUGAAACAUUUUCAUUGUCCAACUUAAUAGUCCUCUACACAAAAGAACAAGGCUGCUCUCUUAUUCUUUAAUAUUUCACUUGACCUCUUUCACUCACAAUAUAUACAUGUCAGUUAACCCGAGUUGCUAUCAUCAAUAUAAAUGAAUGCCAAAUUGCCUUGGUUUUGAGUGUCAUUGCUCAGCAUCACCGGCUAUGCUAUAGCGGACCGAUUCAUAAAAUACCUGGCAUUACUUUGCAUUAUUUUAAAUUUUAUGUAUUUCCAGGCCGAUAAACUAUUUUUUCAACAGGGACCGCUUAUUGAGGCGAAAUGUAAAUAUUUAAGAUUUACACAAUGCUUAAACUUCGGUAUUUCGAAGAUUUAAUUUUCCGAAGCGAAUACAUGAUAUUAUAUAUCUUUAUCGAGAUUUUAUCCAUACCGCAUACUGCCUACAUAAUGGAAAUUACAAGUUAAUCUAAAAAAAACGAAAAUUCUGGACAAAGUCCCAAAGACGACAAUUUAUCUCCACCAAGUGGUUCUUCGGGGACAAUCCACUGGAUUGUGUGAACGAAUAUACGUAUUUGGGAUUAACUUUUCACUGUGGUGGUAACUUUAAGGUAAUUCUGCAGUAAUUGUUCCCGAAAUGAGAAUGUGCUGAAACUUCCCAGGCAUGGAGUUUAUGAUAUACUUAAAGUAAAAUCACAAAAAAGUCGGGGUCACCGAACUCGUUAAGAAGAUAUGACAAUCACAAUAUACCACCUUUACCCCAAUAUGGCGCCAUCUUGACGCUCAUUACGAGUAACAGCAAACUCACAACAGCCCGAUAUUUAUUGACGUUUCUAGCGCGGAUUUUCCUUUAGUAAACCUAUCUUGUAAUUAUUUUUGAAAAACUAUUGUGUUUUGAGCAAAAUGAAACUACUAACGUGUACAAUUCUGAUCCACAAAUGUCUUUCCCACAUUUCUUUACAUAUCUUUAUUUGAGAACAUGCAUUGAUAAAGCAUUUUUUUCAAGAUCCAGAAAUGAUUUUGCUUUUAAUUUCUGAUAUGAAAUGUAAAAUGCAUUAAAGAAAUAAAUUAUCAGUUAAAAAACGGGGGUCACCGAUCUUUUUUAGGGAAUUGUGGCAUUAAAACGUGAAAUACAAGUAAAUAAAUAUACGACAGACACAGCAACCCUAGCUACACUUUUGUAUGGCUUUUUUGAAAACAUUGAUUUUAACGUAAUUCUUUGCACGAAUGUAACCAAAGAUGUUUUGAAGUAACAUAAAAUUGUCAUAAAAUGUUUUUUUUUUAAAAGCUACGUAUAAUGGAUGGAAUUAUAAGUUAUAUGAUGUGCGCAGUAAAAGUGCGCAAUGCAAAACUGCGGAAUAACCUUUAAGAUUGCGAUAACGAUGUUAUACAACAAGGCAUUACGAGCUUACAAUUGCCUAAUGCAGAAACUUUCAAAUGCAGAGAAUAUACCGACUAUUUUAUUCGCUAGUGCAGGUUCCAGUUUUUUUAUGUGGUUGUGAAAUCUGGGGUGUUUGUUUAUUGGGUAAAAUUUCUUCGUUUGAACUUUUCCAAAAGAGAUUUUUCAGUGCGGUGAAUAAAAUGAAAUCACUACAGUUGAAAUCAAAUCUAGCAGUAUAUGGUGAACAAAUCUAGCAGUAUAUGGUGAACUAGGUAGAGUCCCUCUAAUAGUACAGAUCUCUACUCUAGUGACAAAGUAUUGGAUACGAAUUGAAGCUCCGAAUUAUAUGAAUACUCUUGUAGGAGAGGCAGCGAGUUUUGAUAUUCGAGCGAAUACUCAGGCAGUUAACUUCACAAACUAGGCUAUAUAUUAAAACUAUGUAAUCUGGGUUCACUAAAUGGUAUAUCUCUCCCACUUGAAAGUUUACAUAAUGUAGGUACAUAUUUAAAAAAUAGAUUAUUUACUUACUUUACUCAUUUUUGGAAAGAUCAGAUUGAAAAAAGUCGUUAUAGUGGUAAAUUAAGAACUCUAGUACAAGUUAAGAAUAAUUUUGUAUUUGAGGAAUACCUUCAUGAAAUGUGCAAUGUUAAACAUCGCCAAGCAAUAACAAAAAUGAAAAUAUCUGCGCACAAACUACCGGUUGAAUCUGGCAGAUAUACUAAAACACCAUACGAAGAUCGGUUUUGUACCUUAUGACAAUCGAAUGAAAUUGGAGAUGAAUUUCACUACUUAUUAUCAUGCUCCAUGGAGCAUUGUAAUGCAUACAAAAAAUUUCAGAAACUCGAAAUAUUUUUUUAAACGAUUUAUAUGGUAUCAACUAUCAAUGGUUCUUUCCGCUUAUUUGGUACAAAUAAUUUAUUCUUAUAUAUUUUAAAUAUACAUGAUAAAUCUGUCAUGAAAAUAGUAGCAAAAUAUUUUCAUGAUAUUCUUCUAUUAUAUGAUAAUCAGGAUAAUCAGUGCAUUACGUAAACAUGCAUAUUAUCAUUCAUAAUAUAAAAAAUGUAAAUGCAUUCUUUAUAAUCUUUUAUUUUAUAGUUUUUAUAAAUAUACGCUUUGUAUCUUUUAUUGUACCGGGUGGGGCAAAAAAAAGUACGACUGUUUGAUUUACUAUGACUCAAAAACUAAAAGAGCUAUUACACUUAAAUAAAUCACCCUAUAUUCCGCGAUGUUUAACUUAGAUUUUGAUAUAUGUCUGGUGCAUUUUCAUGCGAUUAUGACUGAGAUAAUUGUGUUUAAACUUACGCAAACAUUUUUGGAACCGCCAAUAAUUAGCUGAAAAGCCCCUAUUAAACUAAUUCAAUAACCGUUACGAUUUGUUCGCGAUUAUUGUUUCAACGAAGUGAAGUCGAAGUUAUAGAAAUAUUUCUUCAUUCACAGACUUUUUAUUUUUUGUUUUACGAUGUUGGGCAAUGGAUGUGAACUUAUAAGGCCGAUUUCAUUAAAAGUUUUGUUCCUAGAAGGUAUCCGAUACCCGUGGGAUAGGUAGUCUGUAUGUUCUAAUGAGUCUAGAACGAGCUGUCCCAUUUCACGGGCAAGAUUUUUGCAAUUGUGCCGGGGGACAUGAAUUUGCUGAUGAAUAGAUGAUUGCUUUUGAACAACAAGCGUUAACGUACUGACUAUAGAGUAUAACGCGUCUUAACACAAGUUGUUUUUGUAUAUAAAGGUAUUAAUAUUUAAUAGGCCGUUUUUAGCUUAAUUCUCUCAGUUUCAAAAAUGUUACUCUUGUUCAAAUGCACGUAUCUUUGUCAAUAUGGCGUGGAAAUGUGCAUGGCAUAUAUCAAAAUUUAAGUUAGACAUCGCUGAAUGCCAAUAAACGUGUUUUAUUGUCAUUGCUCUUUUAGUUUUGAUGUUAUACCAAUUCAAAGAGUCGUACUUUAUUAUUAUUACUGCCAUCACCCACUAUAUAUAAAAACUAGAAGUUACUAUCACAAGGAGAGUGCUGCCUCACCCCCAAGAGACCAAAGGCAGCAUGCACAAUUUGCUGAAUAAGAGGCUGUUUAUAUGACCCGCUUGCCAGAACGAGAUAUGAGGCGGGAUGGUUUCGACGUAGUGAAAUAAGUCACGGUGCACAAUUCAGCAAAAAAACAUUAUUUUCUAGAGAUAGAUUAUAGUUAACUGUAAAAGAAAGGUUGUUCAAGCAGCAAUGUUCUUGAACUACAAGAUCUUCUCUACAACAUUUUAGUUCUGUUAACCAGCAUUUGAACUAUAGUUUAGCCCAGUGAUAUGCCAAAUUGGCAGAAUUGCCUUGGUUUUGAGUGUCAUUGCUCAGCAUACCGCUAUGCCAUAAACUUCGGUACUUCUAAGAUUUAAUUUUCCGAAGGGAAUACAUGGUAUUAUAUAUCUUUAUCGAGAUUUUAGUAGAGUAUUAUAGUAGAGCAAGAUAUAUUUAUAUCUUAAAAUUAAUUAUUGCUACUCAAGUUUCACGCCUUAUUCAAGACGAUCUUCAGAAGAUAGAUAGAUUAUUGCCUGAAGAUCGUCUUGAAUAAGGCGUGAAACUUGAGUAGCAAUAAUUAAUUUUAAGAUAUAAAUAUAUCUUGCUCUACUAUAAUACUAGUGUUGAGCACUUUAUUAUCUACUACAACAAAACAAGAUAUAUAUAUAUAUAUAUAUAUAUAUAUAUAUAUAUAUAUAUAUAUAUAUAUAUAUAUAUAUAUAUAUAUAUAUAUAUAUAUAUAUAUAUAUAUAUAUAUAUAUUUCGACAACUGGUAGCUUGGUUAGAGCGCUGCACCAGAAUCGCACGGCCGCAUGCAGGUUCGAUUCCUAUAGUUGCUCCUGGUAAGAAUUGAAUAUAAUCUUCACUCGAAUUUUCCAUCUGCAAAAAUCCUUUAACUGUUAUAUCUAUACUUUGUAAAACUGAUAGUCUUGAAGUAUUCUUAUAAGGCAGCAAUGACUUGGAAUUAAUUGAAUUAAUUUCGGGAGAUCGAGAAUUAAAAUGGUAUACGCGCACUAAAAAAAUACAAAGGUAAUCACAACAGAACGUGACAGGACAAAUUAUUAAAUCAUUAAAAUAUAAAAAUUGGCGAGCGAGUUUAACCUAUGCUUUGUUUUAUAAUCGUUUUAAAAGAACUGGAGGAUACGGUAAAUUUUGCUUAUGGUCAUAGGGAAGAUUAUUCCAAAGUGCGACUCCAUUAUAAUUGAAGACUUGGAGCACCUUUUGCCGAUUUUUUUCUUGGCUUAGGAAGUGCUAUAAAUCUGCGCUUUCUCUGUUUCUAAGGUUACAAGUGUUAUCUGUUUCAUUAUAACGAAAAAAACUCUUUUAGGUGUGGUCAUUGAGAAUUUUAUACAUAAGGAUUGAUUUUAUGUAGUAGAGUCGUAUUUUUAUAGGGCCGGUUUCCAGUUUAGGUUUAUUUUUCUUAUAGCAAAUCCAACGGAUCGGGCAUGAUAUAUGCCUUUAUAAGUACUUUUAAAUACUUAUAUAUAUCUUUAAGUUGUUUUUAGCUUGUGUGACCCACCCAAGGCUAAGAUUUACAUGUUUAUGAAUAUAAUGUGCCAUAUGUAUAAAACAACAGUCAAGAAUGUUUUUCUGGUUCGUUGUUGAUCUGUUUUGUGUUUUGUGCUUUGUGCAUUAUGACUAUGGUUAAAAGGUUAUGAAGGUCAAGUACGUGCACAGCUGUUUUGAUGUUUUCUCUUGCAUUGUGUGGUAAAAGCAGUGAUAUAUACCCUAAAUAGUGAUGAUACUUGGGGAUAGCUAUCUUUGAGUGACAGGAGAGAACUUGCCACCAUACGAGAGGUCAAUAUAACGCUGAUCUAAGCUGCACCUGUCGUGUUCUGUUGCCUGACAGACCAUAAUUAUGACUUAAGAGAAAACAGAUAAUGCCCAAUGGCAAGUACUUUAUCGAGAACUGCACUCUAAAGCAUCAUCUAGUUGAAAUUUUCCUGGUUUUGCUAAUCGUGCGAUGGCGAGUACAAUUAGGGAUAAAUAUAGUACAGUGAUGUUUGAAAAUUUUGCCAAAAUUGGAACGAGCCGCCAGUUAUUUAAUUGUUUAUGAUUAGGAUGACAAAAUUGGAUAAUUCUCAAUGUCAGCAUCAUAUUCUCUCGCCAAAGCCCAGUCCUGCCAGAUUUUCAACCAAAAUGUGGAGCUUUUGUUCGUAUUUUUGUUUAGUUCUUUUGCUUUAGGUUUCUCUAUGGAAAUUUCUUUUGUGUUUAAAUACCUUUCCGCCAUUGUAUUUGUUUGGGGAAAAUCAUUAAUUGUACUGCAGUACAAUUAAUGAAAUAAUUGUACUCCUCUCAACCAAUUAGCAUGCAGAAAUUUUGUCAUGCUAAUAUUAGAUAAACCUAGAAAUAACCCUAUUUGGGUUAACUUAAUAUUCCUGGUUAAAUUUCCUAGUUAUUUUAAUGUUUUUCGUACUAUAGUCUAACGAACAGGCAAUCCAGCUUUUAGUUUAUGCCUGCAGGGGAUGAUGGGAAGUAAGGUAUCAUAUUGCUGAUUGUUAAUUAGUGAAAUCAGUGAAGAAUUUUCGAUAUUUUGAGAAAACAUCAGCGGAGUGUAAUGAAGACUCGUAUUUGGCAAUUUUACAUCUCUCAAGAGUAGAAUUGCAUUGCAAGUUGCAAGAAAAAUUGCACCGUGUAACAUGGCCUUUACUUCCCAUCGUCCCCUGUACGCAUAAACUAAAAGCUGGAAUUGCUUAUUUGGCUAGGACUUCCUGGUUAAAUUAACCAGAAUAAAUAACCCAUGGUUAUUUUCCACCUACCAUAGUCUGGUUAUUUUAAAGCCAACGUCCUGGUAAAAAAUAACCAGGGGCGCUUUCCAUUUAAUGUCCGCCUGACGGCUCUGACCGGUCAGACCCGAAAUUUUGUCUCUGUAUCAAUGGAAAGAUCUGGUCUAUGUUUCUCAAAUAUCUAGCGAAAACGGACUUCAUUCUAAUUUUAUCUAAAUUUUCCGGUCAGAUAGGUCCGAAGCCCAAACGUUUUGUGUUCCAUUCAACAAUUUGACCGUUCUGGCCUUGUUAAUGAAAAGCGCCCAGAUUCCUGGUAGGGUGAGAUAAAAUAACCAGGAAAUUUAGCCAGGAAUAUUAUCCACUAUAAAUAAAUCACUCAAAUAUUUAUCCCCACUAUAAACAAAUAGGAAUAAAGUUAUUUCGGUUUGGGACGGUUUCUGAGCAAUAUCCGUAGAAUUGAAGAAUUUACUUCAUGCGAAUGUGCAAAAUUCGACCAUUCAUGAUUUAUUGGGGUGGCGGCUGAAGGGAGGUUAUUGAUGUCACCGAAACGCAGGAAACUAUACCUGAAGAGCUUUAAAAUAUUCUCCUCUUAACAAGGGGCUUAUUUUAUGUUUUAUAGUAAGUAUAUUUUCUUAAGUUUAAUCCUAAUCGUCGAAUAAACUUGGACGCAUGAAAUUGCGUAAACAGGAUGUAUAUUGAUGUAGAUGCAGCACGUUUUAGAAAUCACAAGUAGAAAAAAAAAUGGGAUGAGAAUAAUGUCGCAUGCACCUUAAACGUGACUAUAGGGAAAGAACUUUCUGUGGUUAAAACAUGACGCGUGUGAACUAAAGUUUUUAAUUUAGUUCCUGUUUUUACUAUAGAUAAACCGAACUUUUGCUAUUUUUUACAUUUUUAGUAUAACUAAAAAUGUUGCUGUAUUAUUGAUUGUUGUUUGAAGACGAAUAUCAGAUCCUGAAGUACUAAAGGCAGUUUUCCACUAGGCGGAAUUUUCUUUGUCUUGUGAUUUCUCGGGUGGAACUAAUUAGAAAAGACAAAGAGAAAUUCCGCUCCGCGCGGAAAAUUCCGCCUAGUGGAAAACGGCCUUAAAGCUACAUCAUAACUUAGAAGUUUGACGAGUAUGUCCGACGACCUCCGAAAGGCGAAAUUUUUACUCUUGUGCAAUCGAGUGAGAUCAUAUAAAUUGAUUAUCGCGUAUCUUGUCUAUUAUGACUAUUAAAAUAGAUCGAAAUAAACAAAGCAAAAUCGCAGUUCACGAAACGGACAUCCUUAAUUCUCAUUUCUCGGAGCAUUUCAUCGACAAUCACGCCUUACGGCUGUAGAACAAAUCACAUUUCACGCGAACAAAUAUUGACCAUUCACGACUCACGAAAAUACCCUUUCCCACCCUCUAUGUUUAGUAUGUGAAAGGAAAUCACGAGUAUUUAUAGACUUUAAACCUUUUAUUUUCUGAAUUUGUUUCUAAAUAGAGCUAUUAAAAACAGAAUAUUGUGUUUUGGAAGUCAACAUAUGGGCGAAACACCUGCUCACCCUCUAUGUUUAGUAUGUGAAAGGAAAUCACAAGUAUUUAUAGACUUUAAACCUUUUAUUUUCUGAAUUUGUUUCUAAAUAGAGCUAUUAAAAACAGAAUAUUGUGUUUUGGAAGUCAACAUAUAGGCGAAACACCUGCUCAGGGAUAUUCGUUUAAGUUUAGAGUUGAAACUGGAAUAUUUUUUUGGGGGGGGGGAGGUGGAUGUGGAAAUGGAUUUAGAAAAAAAAUGGAUUUAGACUCUCUUCACAGCCUUCAAACUAGAAAACAGAAAUCUGACACUCCCUGCAGUCUGUUGUUGACCGAAAUGGAAAAUUCCUUGUAAUUUAACGAUACUUGUGCGUAGGAUUUCCAAAAGGAGAGCUGGAAAUAUUGAUCAUGUUUCUGGGAUAAGCCGAUCUGUUGGAUAAAUAUUGAAAGUCAAGUGGGAUUUUAUAUGCACCAGAUCGCUUUAUUUAACAAAGAAAUAUCCUAUUAAUAUGCUCAUGUUGACAGCUUAGCCUUAGGGAGAAUUAUCUGAACUUAGCAAUAUAUAAUAUUUAUAGAUGUUUUGCAUGCAUGGUUGCCGAAAUAGAUACAUAUGUGAAAAUCCUGCAAAUUUUAUAGUAUAAAUGGGCUUGAAUCCAUGUGGUCCCGCUUGAAGGACCCCAUUUAUAUGGUAUUUGUGGAACUCAUUAAGUUUUUUUGUGUUUUAAAUUUGGAAUUAUAUUUUUAAUGUUCGACCUUAUCAUUAGACAUUACUUCAUUAUAGUACUAAUUUUAGAAUAAGUUUGACUAUUAAUUUCCAAAAAUUUGAACUUUCAACUUUUGCCUUAGAAAAUUAACGCCUUCCUGACCUUGGGAAGAUCAUUCAGGAUAUCUCCACGUCUUUCAAGAUGCUUCCGUUCGCAAGCCUCAGCUUUGUUUACAUUUCUGUAUCCAAAUAAUGUAUAUUUUCCUGCUUCUACAAUUAAUAACGUAUGAAGGUAGCACUAUCAGGCUUUGCAAGAACAUAUAAAUUAUAAAACCUAGUUGAACUGUUCCAUCUGUAUCAUAGGCAACAGACUGCAACCAUGAAUUAUUAAUGCACCGGGCUGAUUGUACGGCAUCUUUCAGUAUGUUUGUGAAUUUCAACUUCUCUGUAAUUAACAUUUCUUGAAUUGUAAUGAUGGUAUGUUAUAAGAAUGAUCCACUUGCAAAUAGCAUGCAUGCGUGUGUGCGUACAGCGAAUCUUCUAUGAGUACUCAAUUGUCUUUGUUGAACCAUGGCCAUGCAAAACACUCAAAUUUGUAUUUUUGCCAAUCUAUGACGAUAACAAGUAUACUCACUUGUUCAAAAACUAGUAUGCUAUCUUUUUGAACAAGUGUACAAAGUUGACUGCACAGACGAGCAAUUUGAAUGAAAUUUUAGAAUCUGGACGUAGCCAAGGCUUAAUAAGAUGCACCGAUAAAAGAAUAUUUAAGCCCGUCAUUUUUAUGAAUGGUCUAUUGUGGUCUACAGUUUAAUGGUGGUCUACAUAUACAUGUUAUGAUUCAAUUGCAAUUUUGUAUGCGUUUUUGGCCGAUAGAUACCUCCAACCGUGAAAACGAAGGUUUUCGAAAGCGACUUUGAAAGUGGAGGCGUUUUGGAUUAUAUAAUAGACAGCUUAAGAUUUGGUAAAUCUAGAACGCGGACGUGACAAAAAACACACCCUAAAUUCGCAGUGUCAACAACAUGGGUAAAAAAUAUGGAUUCUUUUUGUCAACAAAGAAGGUUACUGGUGAAAAACAAAUUUAAACUGGUAACAAAUCUAAAAGAAAAACAUAAGUAACUGUCUUUUUGUCACGUCCGCUGACAAAAAAACGCUGACAUCAUGAACAUAAUCUUGCGUUGCCGAAUGUGCUUGUAUUUGCGUCGUUUGCUCUGAUAUUACUACACUAUCGAAACCACUUAAGUGGUAAAUUGGUUCCUCGAGAUUUGCAGGUGUGGGCUUGAUUUGAUGUACCACGUAAUGAACCUCGUGACCGCUUUGAACCUCAACUGAGUUAGUAAACAAUCUGCGAUGCAAUGUUUCAACUUUCAGGAGAAGAUUGCUUAAAUAACAUUUUGAUUAGUGUGAACGGUAAAUCCAGAGUUCUGAAAGGCACUGUCAAUGCCAAAGCAUGUUUUAGAUUAAAGUAAAGAAAAAUAAUUUAGUACAAAUCUUACACCUUAGUAUGCUUAUCUUCAGACAUUACCGGGUAAAUAUUUUAUCAUAGUCUAUAAAUAGGCAAACAAGCAAAUCGAGGGAACAAUCGCGUAUUUUUUGUUGGUUCAAGAAUGUUGCCGACUCACACCUUGAAAUAUAUACUCAAAAAUAUUAAAUUUAAAGAGCUCCAAAAAUAAUUUUCUUGAUCAUAAAACCGCCAUUUCCAGUAGUAAGAGCAACGCAGAUUGUUGACGAACUCCGUUGUUCAAAAGUGGUCACCAGGCGCCCAAAAAGUCCGUCACGUGGUACAUAAAGUCAAUCCGCACGUGCAAACCUCGAGGGACCAAUUUACCAAGUUUGCGGUUUCGAUAGUAAUUGCUUGUGUAAAAACAACAACUUACGAAGCCAAUAUUAUGCUUUUCACUGUCUAGGGUUAUUUUUAAUCGACCUCCGACAUUGCAAAGGCCAUACAAGCUGUAUUAUUAGCGACGAUUUUAGUUCAGACCUCGAUGAACAAUACGUGAGAAUUCGCCUCUUCUCUGUAGACCUUUUCCAGUUUUUAAUGGAACAUGCGAUUGGUCUGCGAGAUUACAUCUGAUUGAUCUGCGGGAAAUUGUGGUGUAAUUAGCUAAUAAUUUUAGCAGUAAGGCCCGAGAAAAACGUUGUUCUUUUCAGAUAAUGCGCCGAACCUGAUGCAACUCGAUUCGACUGCACUAUACACAAUGCGACGUUGGAGCGGUGUUAAAUCAAACGUCAAACUCAAUAUAUCGCAUCUAUAGCGCUUCCUAAUGUAAAUCAUGGUUUAACAAAGAUAUAUAAAAUACAUUGAAAUAGAGGACAUAUAAAAUAAAUUACAAUAAUAUAAUAUGGAUUGGGUUCGGCGCGUGAGAAGAGCGACGUUUGACUUGCUGUCGCUGCAGAGUCGCGACAAGACCUGUCGCGCCAACGUCGCUCCAAUUGUCUCUUUCCUAAUCCGGCACUAUAUUCUGCCGAAAUUAUAACUUAAUCAAACGUCGCGCUUGUGUUGCACUUAAUAUAACUAUUAUGUUCGGCGCAUGAGAAGAGCGACGUUUGAUCCAGGCCUAAUAGGCAUAGAAAUGUUGAGUCGCAUUCCUGAAUGUUUUGACACGAAAACAAGACAUGUUUCUUUCAGGUGUGAGGACUCAGCAUCCACGGUUUUGAUAACAAAUUUAUCAACAGCGCAAACAAGUGGACUUAAAGCGUUCUAUUCUAACAUUUUUUGUGUCUUGUUUCUUUUUUCCUAAUAUCUGAAUGUUUAUUUGGGAAUAGGCUAAUAUUGUAAUAAGUUAAAUUUAUGUGUGGUAUUCUGCGUAUUCGGCAUAAUUAAUAAUCUCUACGGCAAGGUUUUUAAUCCACUCGCACCUGAUGCAGUAUCGUACUCGUACUUUAGAUAUAUUAUUUUCAGAGCUCGUCUUUGAAUUCUUUCAAUAUAUUUUCAUUGCCCGUAUAUAUUCGAAUACUCAGAACGUAUUGCCGCACAAUAUGCUUAUACAUCCAGAUUGCAUGCAGGGGCUUAUUGCAUCAUAGCGGAAAUGCUUUUGUUUCUGGGAUCCAAGGUUUGGGGGUCAUGUAUUUUUGUGCAUGUAUUUUUAAAACAUCGUGAACAAAUUGAUAAUUAGUUCAAAAUCGUGAAAAAUUGGCAUGUUCUUUUAAUAGUGUUGCUAGCAAAGAAAUCAUUAUAAAAUUGCUCUUCCGCGUAUGGAGAUACAUGCAACCAUAUCCAAAAUAUUUUGAUUCCGAAAUUAAUCUUAAUAUAGCAAUAAAUACGCGAGUUUUCUAAAAUGUAUCUCUACCAAAGUCGUUCUUCGCAUUCUCGGAAUUCUUGAACUAAUCUGUAAAAAUAGUUUUACAAUUUAAGCUCACUUCCGAUAUAUUUAGAUACCUUAUCUUGUUGUUUGUGACUCUGUUUUUAUCAGGUCUGAUGAAUUAAUGGCUUUAGCAAUUUUCGCUUUUCGUUACAUGUGUAUAAAAUGUUUGCGUUCUGUCAGUAUUUAAUGGGUUGGUGUAAAAGGAUUUAUUUAAUAACGUGGGAGGCGUUGGCGAGCUAACAUUAUGGCGAAGAAGUCGUCACCAGAAAGCUUGCGGAGAUCAUGCGCUGGCAAACGUGUGCAGGUUAGAUUUGGGUCUGUUUAUAUAUGUAAUAUGGGCUUCGGCUGGCCGAAAAACACAUCUGAGCCGUGGGAUGAAUUAUUUCCGUGUUGAUAUGACGUUUUUAUCCAACCGUAAUAUCCCGCCUCGGUGGGACGAAAUUAUGUAUAAACACGGCGUCUUCGAAAUAUUUUUUUCUUAUAGUUGAACGAACUGUACUACUUUAAUAAUGUCUGUUUCGGUCUAUUGUUGUUUAUUUUUUGUUUAUAUUUUCCAACUUUACCGUUCAAUAUACAGUGGCGUACCAAAAAAACCCCAAACUAUUCAGUAUUGAAAUAACGUAUUGUUAGAAUUUGAAUGCCUUAGCACUAAGCUGAUCUUUGCAAAGAUGCGUAAAAUAUUGACAGGGUGCAUAUAUGAAUAUCACAGAUCUUGACUUAUUAAUAAAAUAAAAUAUCUUUGUAAAGCGCACGAUUUUCUGCUCUUGGGAAUUAAAGCAGCUUCUUAAACAGUUCUUUAUGCAUAAUAUUUACUUAUGUCAAGCUCUUAUGCACUUGUGGGUUCAGCAGAGUGCUGAGGCAUUCAAAUUCUAACAAUACGUUAUUUCAAUAGUUUGGGUUUUUUUUGGGACACCCUGUAGAUAUCAAACCAAUCGGGCACAACAACACUUUGAAAUUUCAUAGCAUGAACCCUUUUAUAGCCAUUGUAUAUGGUUCAUUGAUUCUUAUGAGGCCUUUCUUCUGAAGAUGACUUAAAUUAUAGUCGAAACGCAAAGAAUGAAAACGUUCACAAUUUUCGGAGUGUCUAUUGUUUUGUACUUUAUUAAAAUGUAUGUACAAUAGGUCAAAAUCAGCAGACUGUGAAAUGUCCAUUUCGGUCAGGUUGGAUAAAGCCUUCAUGCAUACGCGGGAUCCCACUUGGCGGAGAUCCCAUAACCCUAUAGCGCAAGGUGAGAUCUGGCUCGUUUCUCAUAUAAACUCAAAUUGAACUAUUUGCAAUUAAAUGCUUGCCGAUUAGCUAGGCUCAUAUGAGCAGGACCUUACAUCGCGUUGACAUAAGGAAGCGGUACAAAAUUCCACGCAAAAGGCAAAAUCGCGCAAAUUUAAGCUGCACGUUUCCGAGCCAUCUUGUCGCGUGUUUGCUUUACUAAACGGUCAGCAUAACUCAGUCGGCAGACUGCACACGCAGACUGCAUGCCUAGUGUAAAACGCAAAAUAGGUAUAAAUUGCAAACUGCAAUUACAGGCUUGGUAUACAGGAUACUCUGAACGGGUAAAAUGGGAACAGUCACAGGGAUUUUUUGCCUGUUUAUGGACUGGGUGGGAUUACUUGGGAAUGACAGACAUAAAAGUGGGAAUUAGCCGAGAAAUGAAGGCCUGAAUUUGUCUAUGCCAGAGAUAGUGAAAUUUUCAGAAUUCUUGACGGUUCGAUAUCGAAAAUGAGAAAUGUCGCUAUUCGAAAGGUAUGGUAAACCAUGCAUAUACCAUUAUAUAAAGACAGUUGAAAUUUUCGGAGUUACGUAACUGCGGAGCAAAUGUUGAUUUCAGAAUUUGUCCAGAAAGUCCACGAAGACUGCAUUCUGCCUUUUUCGAGUCAGUGAUUUAGUUCCGCAGCGGGCUUGGCCAUACCAGUCCCAAAAAUGAAAUUGAAAGAAACCCCAGAGCAGGUAUUUCAUUUACGUGUUUACUUUAAAACACAAUCCCUGCGUUCAUUUGCUCUCGUUAGAACUAGUUUUCCGAUUAAUAGAUUCGAAGUCUACAAAUAGAAAUUUCGAGUCUAAAUUUUAGACAUUUAUUAAACCUAACCAGGAGCAGUUGCGAAUCGAAGUCCAGAAUCCAGUUGUCGAGCUCUAACCACAAUAGGCUGGGAAAUGGAACUUUAAUAAAAAAUGGGAUCUAGACCCCCCCCGGCUUCAGGAACAUGUGUUGGUGUAAAAUGCGGACUAUGGAAUAAAACGUACAAAACAAAGAGUCGUCAGAGCAACCGCCUUUCACCUCGAUCUCAGAUCGUGCGGCAUCGUGGCAUCGCUUCUCACAACGGACUCACACACUAGCUAGCCCUCCUAAGCAUAAUUUAUUGCCAGAACCAUUGGCAUUAUGUAUGGGAUCGUUGUUGUUGUAUCUGGAAAAUUCGUUCUGUGUUUACAGAUGUCUGUGACUCUGACAAUGCGUAUAACUUAUACAGCGUCGAUAAAUUUCAUGAUUUUUUUCCUAGAAGAACUGCUGACAGUAUAUAUAUAUAUAUAUUGACUUCGUCUGGAUAAUUCGUCUUGUGUUUAUCUCAUCAGUAUUGUGAAGCUUGACGGAUGUCCCUCUUUAGCAAGCUUCAAAGUUUCAAAGAAUCAAGGUCAAAUAUUUCCAGCAAUGAGCACACACUUCCGGAUUAAUAUUCUAUUUUCGGGCAUGUUUGGACUCGAAGGAGUGCGUACUGAAUAUAUUAAAUAAUUUGCAAGCUCAGCCUUAUUGGAUUAUAUUGUUAUUGUUUUGUACUGCUUACUGUAUUGGGCGAGUAUCGGUGAUUUAUAGUCGGUGGAUAAAGGCCACUUCUCAAUGUAGGAUAAAAAUUGUAAGUGUUGAAUAUGUUUUUGAAUCAUAUUUAGUAAGCUUUCUUCAAUUUUGGCACAUAUGGUUAAAGGAAAUUGCUGACUUUAUAAAUAUUGUCUUGAUUUCGUAUAUAUAAACAAUAUUAAUACACGCAGUAGCUUUAAUAGGCACUUAUGCCUGGCUCUAGGUUAUAUACUGUAGAAGUUCAUAUAUUAUGGACAGCAUCUGUUCGUAUAUGUCGAAUAAUUCUGUAGUAUGCAUUGUCUUGCAGUAGCGAUAUGCGGACUUGUCCUCAUGAUUAUGACAAAUAAAAGUAAAACUAAAAUGUUGCAAACUAGCGACGCGUAUGGUACAUAUACGACUCCAGAUUAAUGUAGACAUUGUCUUCACUUCAAUCGUCACUGUAUAUUAUUGUUGGUCAGGUUAUAAAGUGUAAGAUAUAAAUUAUGGUAAAUUCGUUGGGUUACGUUUGUUUUGAAGAUUUUGUAUUGCAUAGUUCAGUCUGAUAUUUCGUAUUUUGUAUUUGUAACUUGCGUUGCACUGAUGAGAUAUUCACAAUUCGGUAUUUAUAAACGGUUGCUGGGUGCAUCAUAUUAUUUGUUAUUCCAUUUUGUUACAGUACAUUCGAGUUGAUUCGAGAGAAUGUUCUAGAGACAUUAUAUUGAUUUAAUUUAAAGCGGUUCUUUGGUCACGAAUCAAACGUUUGCAAACUUUGCAUAAUUGUUACUUUAUAGUCUUAAAAAUUGGUAUGCUGACGGUCGCAUCAAAGACAUCAAAAACCUGCAUAGUUUACAUGCAUCUGUGUUACCCCCGUGACCCCUGAGAAAUGUUCCCGCUCAGCUUGGAUUCGAAACGUCUAUAGUAUAGUGUAAACUAGAGUCAAAAGUUGAAAAUCGUUCUGAGAGAUCGAUUAUCUGUUUUUAUGGAAACAGAACUACGUUCUAUCUAGAUGAACUAGCUAGAAUAGUGCGAUCUUUGUUGGCGUCGGUUCUGUCACAAACCACGCCAGACCAUUGGUUUUGUAGCACUCGAUGGCAGAAGUCGAAGCAGUCCUACACGAAAUGUAUCAUUUUGAUUUUAGAAUACAAGGAAAACAGCAGGAAGACUAGGUAAUGUGUCACAUCCGGCAAUAUGCGUUGUGGUUUAACGUUUUCGAAGAAAAAAUGUCGUUUUGACAAACAGUUGGAACGUGACUAAGGAGUCUAAGCUAUCCAUAUUAUACAUAAUUCAUAAACAGUCAGCUGUGGUGUGAAGAAUAAUACAACUACCUGAAAAGUUUAGCAAAACUUCGACGUCUCGAGCGAACGCGUAAGGCCCUUCGUCGGGAAGUUAGUAGUUGGCUAGUUGUGGUAAACAAAUGCACAUUUAGCUGAUUUAGCCUGCGUAGCUAUAGUGCGGUGACUACAAAAGGCGGAAUGACUCUGCAGUAUGGCAUGCGGAAUGAAAAAUUACAUCAAGCACAGUGUAAAUAAACCGCUUUUUUCUAAUAACGUGGGCUCAAUUUUUUGGUAACCCCGAGAGCAGGCGCGGGCGGCCCAAUGCUAUGCGUGCUAAAAAUAUAAACAACUAUAUAUCCUGGGUUCUGUGCCGGCGAAAUUUAUAAUUUUAUACCGCUCUAUUUCAAGAUUUUUACAACGAUGUCGAUGUAAAUUUCAGCUUAAUGGCCUACGUUUGUUUAUACCCAAUUCACAACUUUAGAACUUAGUAGAAGAAAACAAAGGUAACUAAGCUCUAGAAUUAUCUACAUGAGUGAAUAACUCCUAUCGGUUACUUUUGUUCUAUUCUAUGCCUCUGCUCUGUAAACUGGCAGUAGAACAACAGUAACUGGGCAUGUGAAUUAUCUAAAGUUUUGAAUUGGGUGCCAAAUUUGUCUAUUACGUCUCGAAAAAACUUGGUAGGCCAACUUUUCUGUCAUUUAAACCUCUUGCCAAAUGGCUGGGUGGCUGGGUUUCUUGGCAGCGAAACAAGCGCGAACAGUGAAAGAUGACUUUUCACAUGACAUAUGUUACAUCAUCAUACAGUACAAUGGAUAUUAUUAUUUAGAAAAAAGUAGGUCAAAACAUCGGUCAAAACUAGCAUGGCCUACAACUUUUGAAAAUAAUUGUAGGCCAGAAAAAAAUCUUAACUCGCAUCCUGCUAAGCUAUCGAACUCUUUCUUUGCUUCAAAGUAACAGAACAUUAGUGAGACGUUUCGUCAGAGCUCUUUCUUGAAUUCGUGUUUGAACUUGUCUAUCAAGGUCGCUCUUGCGUAAUUGUGACGUAAUGCCUCCUGGUACGUGUGAGAUUAUUUCCUGCUCUCGACGUUUUCGUGGUUAUAUUUAGAGCUUCUUGUUAUUAUCGAUGCUAUUGUCUAUGGUCGCUGAUGUGUUUCGUGUAUAUGUGGCUAGCUUCGAUGUAGUAUUCCUGUGAGUUUGCCAAAGAGAGGUCGAACCGAUGGUUUCAAAUUUGAAAUGCUAUUCUCGGCAACGCUAUAGGCAUAGCAAUAGCUGGCCUCGUCACACAAAUACUGUAAAACUGACAUACUAGACGGAAUAUAAAUUCUGCGUAUUUCGGUGUUGUCUGCACACGUUCCGAGUUUGAUCGUAAGUAAUUAUUGAUGAUUAUACUUUGUAAUAUUUUUAUGGUUAAAACUGUAAAUUCGUUUUGGGCAAGCCAUAAUAAGCUAUUAAGUAUUUUACUGGUUUGUCGCAACCGUCCGUGGUGAUCGACUACCGAGUCGUGCAGGUCAUCGAUUUGAAACAGUCUGGGAUUUAUGAAGGAGAUUAUCUUUUCUUCUUCAUAUGCUGUAUGCAAAUCAUUCUUCGUUGCAAGGAUAUGUUAAUACGACAAUAUUUUUUGCGUUGGCGACACUAUAGUCUUUCAAGUAUAGUCUUGCGAGUAGGCCUUCAAGGAAUUGUUAAUAUAGGGUUAAUCUUGAACUGUCUGUGUGCCAGUGUAGGUAGUGCCAAUAAUAUUAACAAGCUUUUGGGAUGCAACCACCAGAAAAAUAUAAGGAGAAUUUCGACGCUUCGAGCGAAGGUCGAUCCUUAUAUUUUUCAGGUAAUUGCAUCCCUGCCAAUGAAAGCUUGUUAAUCAUAUAGGGUCAACUUCUCAAUUUCCUUCGAGAUGUAAAUUUCAUAUCUUGAGAAAUAAAUUGUAUGCAUGGUAUUCUCGCCGUAAUAUAUAAAAAUCGGUGAUAUUAGUCUCAGAAGGUUUUUAUCGUCUCCGGAAUAUUAAUGUCUACGUUCUAUAGAGUAUGUUCUUUUGCCAUAACAUUGUCAUUGUAUAUGCCAUGUAUUGAUUAUGAACAUCAAUUACACCAACAUUGAAUGCUUUUUAUGUGCAAUUGGUUGCAAUUUCGAGCAGAUUCUAGCUGUAUUUCGACACAAGUUUCGAUCAAAAUAUAUUUCCAUCAUGGUCGCUAUGGUUGCAAUUCUCACGGCUCAUCAACGCACUUGCCCAAGGACAAAUAAUUCAGGUUGCUGUGCAAAUAAACGUGUAUUUAAUUAUGUUUAAGCGUGCUCGUGAUUUUUAACUGCAUGGGCCUGUUGAUAUGUACUUUGCCCUCGGCCUAAAUUGCUUUGCCGUUGUUCAUACGGCUACGUGUUCAUGAUUCAGGCGCAAGUUAUAGAUGCACGUCUUUGACUGCAUGUGUAUGAUCGAGUUCUAUAUUGCGCUGAAAUAUUAUUAAACAAUCUUAACCGGAACUUCAAACCAUAUACGUAAACAGGCUAAAGCAAUUCAUUCUAGUCGAUUCAUGAAUUCAAUGUUCACAGCGCGGCCUAAGCCGGCUUAGCGAAGACGAAGACGAAUUCGUGUAAUUUGGUACAAUAUAUUUUUCAAUUGUGUCAUGUACUCAUUACGUAUGACCGUUUUAUUAACUAUGGUCUAGAAAGCUCGCUUAUUUCACCAAAAGAGCGCCAUCUCGUGCAACUAUCAAACUUUGACGGGAAAAUUUUGAAGCGAAGGUGUGCAGUCAGACGGAAAGUGAGAUGUGUAAACAAGCCUCUUCAAUCAUUGACAGCGGUCCAUAUAUGUUUUCAUUUGUUCACUCAGCCAAUAAGCAGCCUAGGCUCUAUAAUGUCUUUGCCUCAAAAGUUGAAAUUAUAGUCUGCGAGCAAGCUGUACUUUUAAGAACGACUGUAGUAUAAAACUCUGUGUAGUUUUAUAAACCCGACUGUAGUCUUAUAGACCAACUGUGUUCACAGCAAAUCUUUGAACUUGGACUGCAUGACGUGUCGACCCCCCUUUAAGUAUACAAAGGGUUCCGAAAAAAAUGCAAUCGGUAUUUUCCUGAUUUUUACACAGCUAAUUGUUAUUAGGCACCGAAAUGUUAAUCUAAGAGAUGGAUUUUGACACUGAGAUUAUUAAAGUUGGUCUAGUAGAACUAAAGUUAUGGCUGUUUAAAGUGAUUUGUCAUAAAACCAAUUAAUACUUAAAAACAGCUGGUGCAUGAUUUCAGUGGUCGAUUGGGUGAACUAGACUAUACCAGACUUUAUUUCUACUUGACCAGUUUUAAUAAUCUUCAAUCAAAAACCAUCUCUUGGUCUUAGAUUAAAUUCAUUGGUGCCCGCUAUAAUUAACUGUGUAAAAGUAUGAAACAUAGCUAUUGCGUUUUGCACACCCUGUAUAGGAAACAUGUUUACAUUCCUCAGUCUGAAAAGUAUAAGUAGAUGUUUCCACCGAAGGUCAACCGUGAGAAGAGCUAGUAGAAAUUAGCAUAGGUCGCCGGUUUUCACUUUGCGUCAUCGCCGCCAUGUUGGAUAAAUUUUACAGAUUUUGCAAAUUUACAUUGCAAACUUCAUUAACAUGACGCAAAUUUGUUUUUCUUUUGAAACCCAGGGGUUGGUUGCAAACCACCCAUGUUGCAUUUAAUCCUUCCGACAAGGCUGGAAAUAUUGGAAUCCUGCUAGUCCUGAGAUCACAAAAACUUUUAUAACAUAAACUAGCCAUAAACUGAUUGUUUAGAACUUGAACCAAAUUACAUUUACACGAAUGACUUAACCUAGAGAUUUAUAGUGAAGGCUACAUUAUUUGGCAUUGUAUAUUAUAUAGAUCUCUUGUUUUUGUUUUAAUUUUGAAAGCUGCAAUUUGUUUAGGGAGUCAAAUUGUUUAAAGUGAAAACCUAACCUAUAUAAAAUGAAUAAGUUACAGAAAUAAAAUAUUGCUAAAAUUUAUCGUGAUUGUUUUGGAUUAGGGAUAUUUUUGAUUUUGUCUGUGGGCCCACCUUGAAGGGCGCUUCGUGUGCCAAUUUUUUAUCAGCUCAGUUGAAUGACGUGAUCGUGGUAUACUCCUACAUAAAUAAAUAUACAGCCUAACCUUGACUGCUUGAUAGUUCAGCCAUCAUUAUCUAACACUAGCGAUUUUAAGAGGCUAUAUAGGGUCAGCGAAAAAUCAACCCCUCCCUAAACUCAUUAAUUAACGCAAACACUAGCAGGAAGUCGUAUAUUAUAUAAGAAGAGUUUCCUGGUCCUGUACGCGCACUAUUUCACUAAUUCGUGGCCCAACGCGUUUAUGAUGCUCCUUUAGUGACCAUGUUCGCUGAUCACGAUAUAAUAUUCUGCGACUGCCAUUUUGCGUUGUUUAUGCAAAUUUGUCUUUUAAUUUGAAAAAAUAUUUCGACAAAGACGUUUUACAUGGAUGACCUUGUCAGCAUUAAUUCUUUUGAUUUUAGGUGGAAGUUGAUGUUGGCAAGAAUCCAGCCAUUGUUGUAACCUAUGGACCAAUAGCUUUGCGAGAAUAUAUCCAUCCAUACGCACAAAAAGAGAAAGUGAAUAUUCAAGACGCACUGUAUUCAUAUGUUGACGUCGAGUUAGAUUUCAAGCGCAAAUAUCCUCAACAAGCAGACGAUGAAUUAAAAAAUGUGGAUGAAGUCGCAUCUCGUAUCCUUUCAGUAAAAGCGUAAUUAACAGUUUUAACUGAAAUUACUGUUAUAGUGAAUUAUUUUAUUGUUGAUAAAAUACCUAUUUAUAUAUAGGGCUUGUUUCGACAGCAUGUCUGUCUUAUGAACGAUUAAAAGUCUGGUUGUUUGAAAUCCGGUUAGCGUAGUAGAUUAGUAGAAAAUUUCUAAGCAAAUUUCCAGAUAGCUCGUUAACUUGAAAAUAUUUUUGGAUCAACAAGUUUUAUUUUCUGACGUUUUAAAGUGAAUGCACAAACCAAAAUAGUGGGAUUUAACCCAGGAUUAACACUUAUCAAGCUUCGAUUAUACUAUCAAAAAAUCACUACUAUAUAAUGCAAUGAACUAAUGUAUAUAUCAUAGUCUUUCUCAUCUAGUCUCGCAUAACAUAACUAGCAAAUCGUGAGCAAAAUCAACACAAUUACGAAUCGUUUCCUUUGCUGCCGAAAUUAAUCUCGUGUAUGACAUCAUAUAUCCGGUAAUUUUGAUAGUGAAAAAGUUAAUCAAGGUCACAUUACAUUUCUCAGAAUGAUCCAAAUUUUACUCCUACCAAAUAUCUUAUUUGGUGUUGGUGGAACUCAUGAUAAAGGAAUUUGAAUCAAUCAAGCCUUGGCCACAUUUGACUGGGGCUUGACAAAAACGUUUUACAUCAGUGGACGAUAAACCUUACAGUCGUGCUUGCCUAAAAAUACUCGGGAAGGAUAGUUAUAGCCUGCGUAGCAGGCGCUAUUUAGGAAUAGUGCCUGCUACGCAGGCUAUAUAUAGGAUACCUAUAGGUUUUGAAUUUGUUGUUCGAAUCGUGAACAGAUCAAAUUUAAAAUUUCGAAACCUUUUAUUAAUGAAAGGUUUUAGUACUCGGGCUCGUAUAUUGUCUCCUGCUGUGUCCCAUAAUUUGUCUUGAAAACAAGAUAUUGAGCUUAUUUGAUGUAUCAACUUUGCCGAAAAAUCAUGGCUUUUCGUGCACUGAUUAGUCAGGCAAUAUAGCCAACAAAUUCAGUCAGUUUCGAAAUCUGUGAUAAAAACUGAAAGUAGUUAGUUUUACUUGCAAAAUGUGCAAAGUAUUUUCUAUUGUUUGUAGCCAAUAGGCAUUUCACUGUGUUUAUGUCAAGUUUGAAGUGUCUAUUUUAUUGUUCUCAUUGUAUGAGCAAUUAUAAUUUUCAGACUUGCAUGGGCUUGUCUACCUUACUGACAGAAUCUCUUAAGGCUUGUCAUACGUCUAUUGCUGUAUAGAAUUUGACGCCUUAACUGCUGGUUAGAUCUAGGAAUUGAGCUUGGUUCAGAGAAGUCGCAAGGCCUACAGUUCUGUCGUGUUCUACUGGACGUCAUGCAACAAAUGCCACCAGAUGGUACGUUGACGCAUUUUAUGUGUUUUUAAAUUUUAACAUUCAAUUCAUUGUGACUUGAAUGCAUGAAACACAAUAAAUCAUUUACUUUCUCAUUUGAAUGAUAUAAAAAUUGAAUACAAGUUUACAUAUGUCAGAAUCAACAUUUCUUUGAGUGGGUGUUUGCCAUGCACGCAUUAUCGAUGAAGCCUCGUGUUCUCCUUUUCAGGCACAAUGCAAGUGAUUCAAUCACAAUAUUCUCAUUUUCCAAGGUAAGACAUCAUCACUGUGUUAAUGCCCGUUUACAGGCCCUUCUUCAUGUGGUUAGUAAAGAAAGGGCCUUUAAGGGAAGAAGAGUUUUUAAACCUUUUGGGUAGAUCAAGAAAACCAAAGGGGGCUACGGUGGCGCGCAGUCGUCAGACGAUUCUCGCUACGGUGUGAAAAGAGUCUGUCACUGACGUUCUGCCGAAAGUCAUUGGUUUUCUCUUGGCGCUAAUAUCACAAUAGACAAAUUUGGCUGAUGUUGUUUACAUCGUUGCCGGUACCAAAUUCACAACUUUAAAAAACUCGCAUGCCUAGUUACGAUUGUUCUAGUUUACAGAAGCGUUGAAUAGAACUAGGUAACUAAGCAUUGCUCAUAUCGUAUAAGAUCUAGUUUACAGAAGCGUUGAAUAGAACUAGGUAACUAAGCAUUGCUCGUAUCGUAUAAGAGUUACUCACUCAUGUAGCUCAUUAUAAUGCGUAUUACAAUUAUAUAUAAUUGUAGAUAAUUAUAUUGUUCUAUCCUUUGCUUCUGUAAUCAAGUACAAUACCAACUAGGCAUGUGAAUUAUCUAAAGAUGUGAAUUGGGUAUAAACAAACGUCAGCCAAAUGUGCCUGUUGUUCUAAAGAUAAAAUAGUCUGGACUAAGUAGGUAGCUAAUAUUAUAAGUAAGCGUAAUACUUGAUGUAAUCGGUCAAUGAAAAGCCGAAUAAUAAUCUAAUGUAAUUUGUAAUACUCUGCAUGAUACUCUCUUUUUAGCACGACACCGUUACAAGAAGACACUAUAGUCCGCGUUCAAGGUUUAACUCCAAAUACCACCGAGUUUAAAUUGGCAAGAUUCUUUACAGGUCUCAAUAUUGAAAGGUCAGUGUUACAUUGCAUCUAUAUUAUUCCUUAUAUUAUUUUUACUGGAAGAACAAAAAAGGGAACUAAAUGUAGCCGUGGGCAAACUGGACAACAUUGUUGUGGAAAUACUUGAAAAUUUCCAUGAUUUUGUGAAUUUUUGGAGAGAACAUUUGCUUACCAGAAAUCAAAUGCGUUACCCAACAAAUACUCAAGUCUCAUAUUCAAUAAUUAAACACUCAUUAAAUAUUUAUUUCAGUCAACACAAAUACUCCGUCCCAGCGUUGAAAUAGCGCUGUCAAUUCACAUGCGUGCGCGCGCAUUAGAAACUAAUGCAAGAUUUCUUACACUUGAGCACAGAUUAAAUAAUACAUACAGAUGUGAAAGUCAUUUUCUCGCGCCACGCAGAGCGUUCUGGCAAGUGUCAUUGCUUACAUUUUCAGGUAAAAGUAUAGGGAAAACGGUUAGAAAAAGGUUAAAAAUUCAUUUUUAAAAGAAUUGGCGCUCUUUAUCCUCAUUUUAAGACACAAACUGUCGAUAAUAAGACAGCUUUUAUUUCGUUCUGGCAAGUGUUAUUCAGAUAAAAGUACUGGGAAAACGUUGUUCGAUAGCCAAAAAACAUUUUUAGAGCAUUUGGUUCUUUUUGUUCUCAUUUUCCGACACAGAUUAUCAGUAGUAACAGUAAAUGGUCUUUUUUGUCUAUUAAAAAGUACAGUUGAACUUUGACUUGUGUCCGCCAUAUUUUGAUGCUUCAAAGCUGUUCAUUUCAGUUAAGCUAAUUUUUUUAUUUUUAAGCUAUUUUUUCCUAGUUAAUAAUUUGUUUAACACAUGAGUUGUGUCUAGCCAAAUAUAGAUGUCAUUUUUUCGUUGUUUGUUUUUCUUAUUAUUCUAUACAAUCCUUUCUAAGUACAUUUAAAUUAACCCUGACCUUUAUUUGAAUGAAAUUAUCAUGACAAGUGAAAACAAGUUUUGAGCUCACAAAAUAUAAAAUAUGAUUAAGUUCUUUGUAUGUUUGCAUGGCGAUAAAAUAUAAUGGUUUUGUUUGUGGAAACACCACGUAAAUCUAUUUACGUGGUGUUUCCACAAACAAAACCAUUAAAAUAUUAUUAACCUACAGGGUUCGGUUGUAGAUGGUGAUUUUUUCUCAUCAUUGUGAAAAUGCUGCAUGAAACUACAGAUAUGGUUCCCACAAUUACAUGUAAACAACGUCAGGCAUUCCUCUUUUGAGUCCCCAACUUGAUUGCAAUUUUUCGCAUUACCUUUGCAAAUAUGAAAAAAACUUCCUUGCAAACCCCUUGAGGGAAUUAGCAAUGUUCCUAUAAAAGCCAAUCAGAUCUUCCUCAAUGACCAAAAAAAACAACGAAAAUAUUUUUUUUAAAUCCCGCAAAGCUUUUACAACUAUUACGGGAGCUGAAAUACAAAUUGUUUUAAAAAUAUUUUCUUUGUUUUUUUAAAAAAGAGUUCCUUUGUUUUGAUUGUUUGAAAAACAUUUUCGUUGUUACACGCUUUUAGUAAUUCCAUUCAUUAGAAAUAGCUUUAAAGAAUACCUUUACACACUGUUAAACAAAUCUUUGUGGCUUUCUUCGUGUUAGCCCGGCGCACACUAGAGCUAUGUGCUUAGCAAAAUGUAAUUCGUGACCAAUUGCGUAAGGAGAAAGCUCUCGUGUGCGGUGCACUUUUGUAAGUUUUUCGUCACUCGUGACGCGUAAGACAAAUAUCCAACGUGUUGAAUAUUUUUUAUCACGAAUGAACAUUUCCUCCACGUGUGCGCGCUCGAAAAGCUAUCACCUUUCAUUGUAGAUCGAAUAGGCGUGCGUUAAUAAAACAUAAGACAAAAGGAAAAUAAUUAUGAGGAAUAUUCAUAUGUCGCUACUCAAGAUCACAUUCUUCAUUAAUUAUUUUCCUUUUGUAUUAUGUUUUAUUAACGCACGCCUAUUCGAUCUACAAUGAAAGGUGAUAACUUUUCGAGCGCGCACACGUGGAGGAAAUGUUCAUUCGUGACAAAAAAUAUUCGACACGUUGGAUAUUUGUCUUAAGAUAGAUAGAUAGAGACUUUAUUUAAAGAGGGUGACACUUUAUAGUACGAAGUACUAAUGAACUUGUGGCCUUCAUAAAAUUUACAAAAAUUAGGGAGUAUACCUAUUGUCUAUUUACAACAUUUAUAUAUAUAUAUAUAUAUAAUAUAUAUAUAUAUAUAUAUUACGACAAAGAGAUGGCUACGUAUCGAAGAAUUUAUUAAAGAUGACUAAAUAUAUAUAUAUAUAUAUAUAAGUUUACUUAAUUAAAAAGGUUAAAUUACAUGAGCUAUAUAUGACAUUACGUUUAUAUAAAAGAGAACAUUAGCUAAAUUACAAUUAUAUAUUACUUAAAUUUGAAAUCAGGAAAAGAUGUAAAUUGUUUAGGUUCACUCUGGUGCGUACGGAAGCAAUUAUAUAAUAAGUAUUUAAAACAGUUAAUGGAGCUAGCAGAACGGAAACUUAAAGGUAAUUUGUUCCAGAGGCCUAUAGCGGUUAUAGAAAAAGUUCUUCCUGCUUCUGUAGCUCUAUUGUAUUUCGGAGUUACUAAACUUAGAUCAGCACUGCGAGUGUUCCUCGAAUGUUGUUGGCUAUUUAAAUGUAAUAGUUUAAGUACUCCGGAGUAGCAUUAAUAGUACGCUUGCAUGUAGAUCAUAAUACAAGGCUCGUUUACACGGGCGAUUUUUGCUGCGAUUUUAGGUGCGAUUUUCUCCUUUUGGUGGAUGCGAAGAAGAGGAUGAGUUAUGAAUGUUCUAGGUUAUUGAAUCUCAUAACAACAUCAUUAAGUAAUCUACUCCUUCACAUCCUCCAAAAGGAGAAAAUCGCAGCAAAAAUCGCCCGUGUAAACUAGCCUUUAGCGUCACGAGUGACGAAAAACUUACAAAAGUGCACCGCAUACUAGAGUUAACAGUUUUCUCCUUACGCAAUCACGAAUGACAUUUUGCUAAGCACAUAGCUGUAGUGUGCGCCGGGCUUAAGGCGAAGUCGCAGUUUCGUUUAGUACGCUGAAACAUUUUCUCGUGAAACCAUUUUGUUUUUAUCUGGGGGUGAAUGGUGCAAGGAUAUUUGGAGUUCAUUGAAAAGCACUAUCCAUCGCAUCUUGAUAGACUAUGACUCGGGAGGUGGUCUGGAAACUAAGAAAUGUUUGUUAUAUGUUUUUGUCUGAGUUUAUGUUAAUUUGUGUACGGUUACAGUCCCUAUUGGACGGUUGCUUAAUUAUACAUAAUCAUUGUAUUUUCGUUUAAGUAAUUAAGCAACCGUCCAAUAGGGACAGCUGAGAUGAAACGUGCAUGCAGCCACGAUGAAGUACUAUUUAUAAAACGAACAGGAGUGUUUUAUAAAAAACGACCCAUCUGAUGAGUUCAUAGUAGGAAACGGCCCAUCUGAUGAGUUCAUAAUGGCCAAGUAAUUUUAAAAAUAAACAUAUCUAAGCCGAGAAAAUCAAAGUUAAAGGGAAAUGGCAAUAUAUUUUUUUAUUUUUCCAUUUGAAAGAACAAUUAAAACUUCUUUUACCGAUUCUUCAUAUCCCGCUUAGUUUUUGAAAUAUUUUCACUUGAAGUAAUGAGAUGUCAGCCAUCUUGGAUAAUUUUUUUAUCUCAUUAACGGUAGUUUUGGUGACGUCACAACAGGGAUUAAUCAUAUAAAAGUAUUCGUUGCUGACCAAAUAUUGAUUGGUAGACGUUUUAAAGGUUUCAAGUGAUCUUGAUAUUUCCAAGCGCAUACAGAGUAUAAUUUUGAGUGCAAAAUGCUUAGUGGUUGUCUAGAUAAAAAUAUUGCGUGACCCCUGUUGUGACGUAACAUGCAUAUCUACAAAAAGCCAAGAUGGCGGACAUUUCAUUUCUUUCGAUUAAAAUAUUUGUAGAAGUAAGCAAGAUAUGAAAAAACGGUAAAAGAGUUUUCUAUAUGGUUUUAAAUGUUCUUUCAAACGAGAAAAUAAAAAAAUGUAUUGCCAUUUCCCUUUAAAGUUUAUAUAAAUGAACAUGAUUUUUUAUCACACCGAAAACUAUCGACACGCUAGUGAUUUCCUUGGUCUUUUCCUCAUGAAUUAUUAAUGAGUUUUUAAAUAACAUUUCCUGAAGUUGAGACAAAGGAUUUGUGCACGGUGAGGUAAAACUCGACAUCAAACAAAGGUCUUCUAUUUUGUGGCUCUGAAGUUUGGCUAGUUUCCCGGGAUUCAAGACCAUCAUGCAUGGCUUAAUGACUAUGCCCGAGUAUAUUAUGCUAAUAAUAAUAAUGCUAAUACCAGUCAACGGCCAAAUCUAGGAAGGCUUGAUCACAGCAAUCGGCCUGAAGCUGUUGUGAUUUCGUGUUAUUUUUAUGCAUUCUUGUAUAUAAAAUUAUUGUUAUUUAAUUGUAAAGCUUGUAAAAUUAAAAAAGCUGUCACGGGUAUUUUCACAACACUAGCUGGCGGCGACCUUCUUAAUCCAUUCAUCCAUACAAUGAAUUCACAGGUUUUAAAUUAAAAAGAUGCUGUCUUGCCUUAAAGAGAUCGUAUACGCAUUCUAGUAGCUAUGAAUUUCUGGUAGCCAUGAAUUUCUGGUAGCCAUGAAUUUCUGAUAGCCAUGAAUUUCUGAUAGCCAUGAAUUUCUGGUAGCCAUGAACAAGACGGGAAUCAUAACUGUAUGGACGGGAAUACAAUGAAUUCACAGGUUUUAAAUUAAAAAGAUGCUGUCUUGCCUUAAAGAAAUCGUAUACGCAUUCUAGUAGCUAUGAAUUUCUGGUAGCCAUGAAUUUCUGGUAGCCAUGAAUUUCUGAUAGCCAUGAAUUUCUGGUAGCCAUGAACAAGACGGGAAUCAUAACUGUAUGGACGGGAAUCAUAACUGUAUGGUCUGUAUCAUUAAAAUUAUUGCCCAACAUGAUGCAUAUAAAAAGUCAUGGACGAAACGUUAGUUCUUAUAGAGUAAAUAUUUUAAACUUUAAUUUUGUGAUGGCUUACUUAAUUACCGGCAUUAGGCUGCAUGGGCAUUGAUUUUCAUCAUACGAUUUUUGCUGCAUGCCCAUUUUGCCCGUAAUCAUCUCAUGUUCGCCUUUAGAUCAGAGCCUGAAAAAUAUCACCGGCAAAAAAGGUACACGCACCAAACAGCCUACAAAUAUAUCGAAAUUCAAAAUAUUUAUUUUAAAUCCUGCUUGAAAAGAUCCCGGCGGCUUUUAGCGCUCUGAGAUAAAUCGCACUUCCAAGCAUGAUGCGUGUGCAAUCGCACGCCAUUCCCAAGGUAGUCUUGAAAGUGUGAUAAAGUUUAGAACAAGUAUUUGAAAACUGUUUGUUUAUUCUUAAAAAACUUGUUAUUUCAUAUUGUAUAAUCUCUCCUAUCGAGUAUUGUACACUCUCAUGCGCUUUCUCGAAUUCUCAACCUGCGGUAGUCUAUCUCCUGUCGUUGGUGAAAAUCACCUGGACAGGCAGUUAUUUCGUACCAUGUUGAUACGUCUGUUUAAUAAUACUGUAAAUGCCCUUGGCCAUGACCUGUAUUCUUGCCAAGUUUAUAAAAUAGACACAACAAUUUACAGUAAGUCAAUUGCUGAUAACAUUUGAAACAAUUCAUGGUCCCUAAAAGUACUGGAUUUUGAUAACGUAAGCCGCAACUGAUCUUAAUUAUUUCGCGUGUCGAAUUUUUAUGUUGAAUUUUUCAGGCGCCGGGAUUCUAUUUUCGUUGGUAAAUUGAGACGCAAGCCAAAAAUAGGCUCUCUGUGACUGAUGAAUUUCAAACAAAAGCGAUAAUGCCAAUACUGCAAUAUAAAGAACAAACAACUUUGCGGAAAAUUCUGAACAGUAAACGUGAUAUUAUCCAGACAAAAAUGUUCAGCUUGUUUUGCUGCAAAUAGUGUUUUGUAUAAAUACGGCAUAUCAUGGCUCAAUGACGUUCCUUGUUUUCUCAGGCAAAGUCUGCAGCCGAAAUAUCAUGUUCAUAAUUACAGCUCAAUCUCGGCGAAAACAAUAUUCGUUGGCAGGCAGGCUGGCUAAUGAUAUUUUAAUUACGUAUUAGGCUAAGUUUCGCUUUAUAUUGACUGUUCGUGCAAUGCGUGUUUGAUGUGACAGUUCCAAGAGCAUUUUAUUUCGGGCUGCAUUCGUUUGACGAAGGUUGCCAAAUUCGGAAGACCUAUACGCCUAUAACUAGGAGGAAAUCCAUGCAUAUUUUGUAAGUAUACGACGUUUAAUAUCGCGUUUAAUGGUUCAGUUGUCCCUUAUCUUGCUUUGAAUGAAUACAAUGCAAUGAUUUCUGUGCUUCAUUCACUUGUGUGCGGACAAUAUAUAAUCUGUAAUUUGGCUAGCCAUGUUGGCUCUAUACCUUACAUGCAUGCGUAUCUUGAACAAGUAUAGCUAUGCAUACAUGGUGUACGGUUUGCCGGCAGGGAAUCAUUUGGAUGUUUACAAUUAGUUACGGCUUGUGAUUCAGCAAAAUCCAUGCAGUGUACUUAUCGUUUUCUUGGUAUGCAAUAUAUAGUAUAACUUGAAUAUGAGAGAAAAUGUAAACAGGCGUGAUUAUUUUGUUAAUCUAUAUUCCAAUUCCUUUAAUCGUCCUUGCUUUUCGUCUGGUAACUAGUUACUUGAUCAUUGUGCGCAACGGAGUCUAAAUUUCUUAUUGUACUGUAAAUGCAUAAAAAUAAUUCCGCCUUCUAAACGCGCCCUUUCAUGUACAAGACGACCUUCAGAUUGGUAUAGUAGCUUAUAAUUAAAGCCGCACAUGAGAGCUCUUGGCUGGUGGCCGUUUGCUCAGCAACAAUUUCUCGUGUGGCCUGCAUGAAUUUUGCUAAGAAUUUUACCUCGGAUUCCGCGGAAUGUAUAUAGUGAGACAAAGACCUAUCGUCAUUGCUAUUUGAGGAUGACUUGCUAAAUCAUUUAUACCAAGAGCAGCUUGGCUGAGCUAUUUUAACGAACAUAUAUAGUAAUACAAAAUAGUCGUACUUGAAUACGUAGGCAAUAAUUCUUCUUAUUUAGUUAAAUAGUCAUAAACAGAAUUAUAGCUAAUAUAAGUUUAUAUUCUCUAAAUUUGUUGUAAAUUUUUAAUAUUUUUUAAUCUGUUAUACAAAAGUGGUAAAAAAAUCUACUAUACUAUUACAACUGCUACUACUGCAACAACUACUGCAACAACUACUGCUACUACUACAACAACAACUACUGCUACCACUACAACAACAACUACUGCUACCACUACAACAACAACUACUGCUACUACUACAACUACUGCUACUACAACUACUGCUACUACAACUACCACUGCUACUACAACUAUACUACUGCUACUACUACUGCUACUACAACUACAACUGCUACUACAACUACUUACUACUUUAGCUCAGCCGAGAGCUCUCGUGUGCGGCAGACUUCAGCGGCAUUGAACACUUUGAGACUGAUAACCCACCAGUAUAAUAUAUCAUGCUAUUGAGCAUUCCGACAUCACGAAUUGGUGGGAUGCAACUACCGCUGAAAAAUACAAGGAGAACUUGGACGUGUCGAGCGAAAGCCCUUCGUCGGGACAUAUAGUGGCAUCUCCGAAGUUUUCAUACUACAUUAUAUAGGCCGUUUUACUUGAAUUCAUGCAUGAAACAUAGGAUUUCUCUGUCUGCUUAAAGCUGAUCGGGGUUGUUUGAUAUUUUUGGUAGUAAUUGCUUUAUUCGCACGACCUAAAAUUACAGGUGUUGCUAAAGUAAUACAAAGAAUUUUUUAAAAAUAAACCCAAAAGUACCUAAAACCCUUAAUCGCUAAUUAUCUAAACCCUAAAAAAUAAAAAAGUAUUUGGUUUUCUAUACUACCAUACAAAGAUUAACGUAGUUACAAAUAACAGUGAACAUAGAUUAGAAAUUACAUAUAUUUAUAUAGGCUAUAUAUUUGGUAUAAAAUGUUCAAUUUUUGUAUUAUAUGCAGUUGGCUGUUUAUACAAUUUCCUCAUAGUCGCAUGUGAGAACAUUGCUUGCAGUUUCACUCUACGAAACACCGCAGCUUUCUUCCGGGUGCUACGCUCCACAGCUCUCUUCCGGUACUUCAGUUAUUAAAGGUUAGUGUCAGGGUCAUGCAUUGCGGGCUUUUGUUAUUGUUUACAUUUUACUCAAAUACAACAAAUAGCGAUAUUAAAAAAUACCUUGUUUGGUAUAUUUCUGAGUAAGAAUCAGACAAAAAGAGGAAGGAUUAUAAAAGGAUGGUUUAAAUAUAUGACGGAUUUUAAACACUUUCCAGAUCAUCUAAAAAUGGCCGCCAGCAGGAGUUUGAGCCCGCGAAUUCCUGGUGUGACACUCCAAAGGCUCAUUUACACGGGCGAUUUUUGCUGCGAUAGUAAUUUAUUGAUUGAUUGAUUUUUAAAAUCGUAAUUUGCAGUUACAAUAAAAACAACUGAAUCAUAUACAAUGUACAGUAAUGAAUAACCUAAUAAUAUGUACAUAACAGGUAUUGGCAAGCAUCACUUCCUGUCAAAUAUGGCAAGCAUCACUUCUUUCACUUCUGCUAUAUGGCAAGCAUCACUUCCGGUCAAAUGGUGGACUGUGAUUGACUGAGAAAGCACUUUCAGCGGAAAAUAAUGAUUUUCCUGUUAUGGACCAGAGGUCCAUUACGUAGAAACAAAUGCACGUAUUUUAAAACAAAACAACAAAACUAAUUGAAAAUUUGAAAAUUAUAAUUUAAUUUGUUAUUAAUAAGACAUUAAAAAGACCUCGGUCCGAUAUUUCUCUGUACAGACCUCGCGUUCGUUAGUUAAUAAAAUUAAAUUAGAUAUGUGAUUAUACAUCACAAUUAAAAAUAAUUAGAUUACUGUUGAAGACUAUUAUGAAUGAGUUCUUAUACCGAUCAGUUCGAAUUCGAGGUAUAGAGAAAUUACUACAUCGUCUUAAGGAAUGCAAACAAACUUUUUCCUCAGGAAGAAAUGAAUGUAAUUAGUAUGAUCUUUGUUUUGGGCUUCUUCAAAGAAUUUGAGGCAGGCAGCUGUUCUACGAUCAAACAAUGGACGGCCAACUUCGAGGUUUUAAUAGCGUCUUCAUAAGAGAGGUCCUUUUGGAGGAUGUGAAGGAGUGGAUGAAUUGUAAAUGUUCCAGGUUAUGAAAUCUCAUAAGUAAUCUACUCCUUCAGAUCCUCCAAAAGGAGAAAAUCGCAACUAAAAUCGCAGCAAAAAUCGGUUCGUUGCAGAAAUUAGCUGAAUUUAUAUUAGAAGACGGAUUUUCGUCUAAGACGGGAAACUCUCGUGUGAAGUAUCAUUUUCGUCUGGUAUGAAUAUGAACGAAAACCAUCGAACGGAUAAACACGAAAACAAUAGAAGAGCCUCCAUCCCAGUCUCCUUUCACCGUUACGAGCAGAAACCCGUCUUGAUUUAUUCAUCUGCUAUACAUUUAAGACGAGUUUCCUGUCCAAAACAGAAACUCAUCUAACUUCCCCACCGUUCAGACGGGAAAGUUAGACGCGGAAAAGUUGAAACGGCAAACCGGUCGUCUUAGACGAGUUUCCCGUCCCAAACGGAAAUCCGUCUUCUAGUAUGAAUUCAGCUAUUGGGACGAUUCCGGUAACAAUGUAAACAUGGCCUAAGUAUGGUCAAAUUAAUAGUAACCAGAUUCCUGGUUACAUUAAUUUUCGUCUUUGAUAUACAGGGUGUCCCAAAAAAGUACACCUUUUGAAAUUUUCCUUUUGUAAUCAUUUGAAUGCCUGAGCAUUAAGCUGAACCCUGCACGGAAGCGUCAAAUACAGGGUGUAUUGAAAACGAGACCUUAAAAAACAACUCUAUUCUUGUUAAGUACAAGAUUUUCUACUCCUGGGAAUUUAAUUAAAAGAUCUUCUAAUGUUAUAAAAGGAGAGUGACUACACAAAAAUUGUCAAGUUACUAAUCAGUCACAAAAAAUAGUUCAACUGACCACGGAGUGAAGAGUCUUUAGCGUGUUAUAGCCGCAGUGCAAACCGCUUUUCGAGCAAGGUUUCUUUCUUUCAUCGGAAUCCUAUAGAGCGUUUGCACUCAUUCCCCAGGGACCAACUUAAGAAAAGCCAUGGCGGCCAUGUUGUUGUUCCAGACAAAAGAGUCUAAUUAAAAUUCUUUUGGAUUGGAACACCAACAUGGGGGCUGUGACCUCAAGUUUAAAGGUAUACUUUUUUCGGGAUACCCUGUAUGGUGGGCUGAAUUAAUUUUAUGCACCGUUGCAUGUCUGUGGUUUCUUAGCGUUUCCAAAUUUCAUUCAUUUAAUGCAAUUACCCUCACUGAUCACACUGAAUGAUCGAAUUUUUUAAAUAUUCUUUUGUGAACACACAUGCAAAUUGCAGCAUGAUUGUACUAUUACAACAUAAAGCAUUUUGAGUAAUCGCUUUUCAUGUACAUUACUUUUUAAAUAUAAUGGUUUUAGUCUAAUUCAAGCGUUUGUGGCAGAAGACUUUCUUAUAUGUAUAGGUGGGUUUCGGUAACUGGGACAGAAUUGUAGCGCGUGGUGGUCAACGCUAAGGGCUGAUUCAUGGGAUGAAUUAUUUUUGUGUUCCAUGAUUGUUUUUAUCCCACAUUAAUAUCCCACCUCAGUGGGACGAGAUUGUGUAAACAUGGCGUUUUCAAAAUAUUUUUUGUUGCAAUGAACUGCAACUUGUAUUACUACUUUAAAUGAAUAGUGUCUGUUUAUAGGUCUUUUGAUGUUUACUUUUUGUUUGUAUUUUCCAACUAUGCCGUUCAAUACUUAUUAUGGGUCAAAAUCGGCAAUAAUAUCCCAUCCUGGUCAGGUGGUUCUGAUGAAAAAUUUCAAGCCUUGAUGCGGAAAAUUUUAUCCCAAUUGACUGAGAUCUUCCCUAGCACAAAGUGAGAUCUCAUCUAGUCAGACUGCCUCUUAUAUAUAUUGACCUUGUGUCUGGUGGCAAAUAUUUGUUAUGGAAGCAGUUAGCAUAUUUGCUUUCCCUUAAAGUUUCAUUUCCAAACAUUUGAUGUUGAUCACCAUAUGUCGCAGAAUACAAACUGAAUUAUUUUCAACAUUUUCCUUAAAGUGUUCUUUUUUCUAUACAUUUCAGUGGUGGUAUUGUGUUGUGUAUGUCAGCAACCGGUCGCCCGUUUGCAUGUGAAGCGUUGGUUAGAUUUACGAACAAAGAACAGAGAGACCUGGCUUUAAAACGCAACGGGAUGAAGUUUGGCACAAGGAGCAUUGAGGUUUGUACCUGUUUUGUAAUUGUUAGUCAUGCAUAUUAGAUCGAUCCACAUGGCAUCAGGAUUCACAUCUGCCACCCGACAACAUCAAAAACCACAGACAGCAAUAAAUUCCGAAAAAAAUGAAUUUCUGUAUUUUUGUACAAAAUCUUAAUGGUUAUGCCGCGAAAAAUUUGAGACCAUCCUUUCUUCAAUCCAUAGAAAUAAUAGAUAUAGAAUGCGCUCCACUUUUUCUCAUGCGUGCCCUUUCAAAUCCGCCAUAUUGAAUUUGACUCGGAAUGAGAAUUACAAAGUAUAAACAAAGCUAAGACUAAGACUAUGUGCACACGGUAACGUUUUCGAGCGUUUUCAUUUGCGUUUUCACGCUAAAACGGAUGCAAACACUAUCAAUUUACGACAGAAGUUGUAGUUUAGUUAAUAUAUUGGAGAUAUUUUCCUUUGGGCCGUGCGAAUACGGCGUCAAAACGAUUUUACGGACAAAAACGUUUUUGAAAACGCUGCAAAACGACGCCCGUGUGCACAUAGCCUAAGCUUUCAACGUUGGAACGUUUUGUCUUGCUGUCUAAAUUAACGUGGUCGUUGUUGUCGCACCCUCUACGGUGAUGUCGAUAUAUCACAUCAAUCAGUUGACUGAUAGCUGUAUUUAAUUUUCUAGAUAACUAAGGCAUCGGUUCAAGAGUAUUCAAGAGUCAUAAACCAAGGUAUUACUUGAAUUUCUUUUUUCUUAUUGAAGACGAAAACAUGUUUUCCACGUGACAAGUCUCAGGCCUUAAAAUAUCUUUUGCAGAGCCCGUCUGACAAAAUGUCCGAUGACUGUGAGGUUUAUAGGUCGGAAAACAUUUCCAGUUCACCUUUUAUAUAUGUUACUCUGAUUCUCCAUUUAACAUACGAACCUUCUAGCCCUGGACUAGGGUACAUUUUGAUUUACGUCGGACAAAGCUACAGUUCGAUCGGACACCAAUACACUCGGGUCGGACAAACAAUAAACCUCAGUUUCACUUAAGUCGGACAGAAUGUUCCGUGGUUUCCUCAUUACGUCGGACAAUUUCACGAAUGGGUUGGACAAUGUCCGUAACCGACCGAUAUUUUAAGUCUGCAAGUCUAUAUAUUUAUAACCUGAGUACCAGCUUUCUUUAUUAACCUUUGCUAUGUUUAGGCUAAUCAGGUAUCUGAUAAGGUAAACGGCUUCGUACAACCGACUCCUUUUAGCCUUAAUUUUGCUAAACCGUCGUUUGUGCAUGUUGUUUUCAGAUCAAGUAAAUGGCCAUGGUUUACCUCAAGGUCUGCAUCAUUUUCUACAUCUUGCUGGCACUGACUCGGUGAUUGUGAGAAUGCGAGGGUUGCCAUACAACACCAAGCCGUCAGAAAUUGUAAGUUAAGUUUGUUAUUUGUUUUUUUAUGAUAUAGGUGCUUUCCAAACCCUGUAAAGACUCUAGUAUAAAUAGUCAUUACUUGUGACUCAGAUGUAAUGUUUUGUUAGUAGAGGCAAUUUUUCAAGUCAUGUGAGUUCUAGCACAUUUUAAAAAUAACGUUUUCUAAAACAAGUGUUCUUCUACAAUAAUUAGUCAAUUAGUUUCCAGCUGCCUAUUCCGAUUCACCUCCCUCAUCACGUUCUAUCUCUUAUUAUCAUUUUCUUUUCAUUGAUAUCCCUUUAUCCCCAGCUCCAUAAUGUCCCUGAUCGGCUUAUUGCAUGUUCACAUCAGACCGGCGCAUAUUUUUUUCUUUUUACAUGUCCAUACCAUCCUACUUCUCUAAUCUUGUACGCAUUGUCCACCACCCCACAUCUUCUGUUCUCUUCAUUCCAUGAUGUUUCUGACUGGCUCUCCUUCAUCUCUUCUUAUUUCGUGCCCAUACCACUUCAGCUUUGCAUUUCUCAACUUCUCUGCAAUGUCUACCACCCUACGGUAUACAUCUUCUGAUCAUUUUAUUCCUUGAUGUUUCUGACUAGCUCCCCCUCAUCCCCCCCCCCCCACUAAUUAUUACGUGCCCAUAUUUUCCUACACUCCUGACUUAAGGCUAAUUUCCACUCAGGAAAAUUAUCCGUGGAUUGGAACGGACAAGAAAACUUUUGGCACUUUCUUCAUCUUCUUGUACAAUAUUGUCUAGUUUUUUAUGUGCCAAAUAAAAGUUGUUAAAUUAAAAAUUUAAAAAUUAAAAUUAAAAAAUAUCUCAGACUUUUCCCCUCAUCUUCUCUGCAAUGUUUACCUCCUCAACGUCUUUUGAUUUCUUUAUUCUUUGCCUUGUCCAGCGAAAAUCCAGAGAUGCAUCUCAAAAUCCCCAUCGUAGUUAUUCUGAGAACUAUCCACUGUUUUCAUUGCGUCGCCAAGUUCUGUGACAAAUAUUCAUUUUAUACUGCAAUUCCUCUUAGGUAACAUUUUUUGGUGAAGAGUCGCCUGUAUUUCAUGACCAACAAGGAAUUUUAUUCGUUUACCAUCCCGAUGGACGACCAACUGGCGACGCUUUUGUCUUAUUUGAAAAUGCGGAACAUGGUAAACUUGCUUUAACGAAACAUCGGCAAACUAUUGGAAAACGAUAUGUAGAACUAUUUCAAAUGAACAGACACGAAGUUAUACAAGUAUUUACAAGACACGCGCUACCAAGUAGUGCAGUUUCAUUUACUGCCUUUAGAGGCAUGCGACCGGCCGGUCCUGAACCACUGAACUUGAUGCAAACUAAUGCAUAUUUAUCAAACGUGAGGAACAUUAUUCGGUUACGAGGACUGCCUUAUUCAGCUUCGGUACAAGAUAUUCUAGAUUUCUUGGACGAGUUUGCAAAGUAUGUUUCUCAAGCUGGAGUCCACAUGGUCUAUAAUUAUCAGGUGAGAAAAUUGUUGCUUGAAUACAGUGUUGGAGAGCUGAAAGCUUUUUGAAACAAUAGUUAUUACGAUAGAUAAAUGGAAACGAAAACUCAUUGGAGUCAUUUAAAGUGCUCAUGAAUCGAAAUUUCACAUAUUUUUUGUGACUGCAUUGUUAUUAAAGAAAAUUCAAAAUGACUAGUUAAAGCUGGAGUAAUACGAGCAACAAAAUCUGAUUUCUACGCAUGUUAAUUGAAAAUGUUUAUACACAUAAUUACAAAUCACGAGGCAACAUGUGUCGACAUUUCUACUUAACAUGCGUUGAAAUCAGAUUUUGUUGCAAGUUGCAGCAAUUUUCUUAUACUUUGCCAUGCUAUCUUAGCGACUUAGCUUGUCUUUUUUUUUUAGAUAUUUAGUGAUUUUUUAUAUGCAAGUUCUUUUACUAUGACGCACAUUGCAUAAUAACUUACUGAAAAGAACAUCGAGUGUAAUUGUGAAUUUUAAUUGUGUGUAAUUUUAUUAGGCCAGGCCAACAGGAGAUGCCUUUAUUGAAAUGAAAUCAGCAGAUAAUGCUCAAAAAGCUUCAGAAUCUCUUCACAAGAAACACAUUGGUGAACGUUACAUAGAGGUAUUUCAAUGCUCAUCAUCCGACAUGACAUUGAUGCUAAUGAAUGGAAUCUCCAGUCACCGACAUCACAACACAUGGAUAAAUACCCCUUAUUCACCACGUACACCCCCACAUGUACCUUCAACAUUCACUUACCCCCCAGUAUCCACACCACCAAAUGUCCCACAUUCCUCAGCUUCACCCCUCACGAUGAUUAGUGUACCUUCGUCACCCACAUUAUCACCCAGGGUAUAUAUGACGUCACCAGGGUAUAUGAGCUACCCGUCACAGUCGUACAACGUGUUUAAUUUCUCAUAUCCCACACCCAGCGUGGCAGUGGAGGGUAAUAUGCCACAUACACCACCAGUCAUAUCGCCUGCUGCUUAUGAUAAUUCGGCAGUGUUCUUUCCCAGCCCAAAUUAUCAAGUAAGUACAAACUUUAUUAAGCCAUUUCGAGUCUCAUCACUCAUUUCGAGUCUAAUCAGAUCAACUGAGAUCGAUCACCCAGAGUUUGAUGAUAUGAUUUUGAAAUAAGAUCGGAAGACAUAUCUCGAACUCGUGUCUAUAUAGUCUUAUUUUAAUCCACAAGUUUUGACCCACGAGCUUUAACCACAAGUUCAUGUAUAAGCCAAUUCAAAAAAGGUUGUCCGUUGCAAACCUUAAACCUUAAACUCUAAGCACGUAAAGCUCAAUGGAAGCACAAAUUUCAAGCUUUAUAGUUGAAUAUUGCAGCUAUUUGUGAAUGAAUUCUUCUUGUAAGGAGAUAUUUACCAUGUCUCUAAGAAAUGUCUCCAUAUAUGAUUUCUAAACUGAUUAAAUGAUGCUCCCAUUAUGCUUUGCACGCUUAGAGUUUAAGGUUUAAGGCCCGGUCACACCACACAACGAUAACGAUACGAUAUAAAUUGUAAACACGCGAUAAUUGGGAAAAAAAUUGUGUUAGUGUCCACACCACAACGAAAAUGAUAAAAUUAUCGUUUGACGAACGAUUUUAAAAUCGUUCACCCGAGCGAUUUUUUUCAGUCGGACGAUAACGAUAAAUUUUUGACCAGUCAGCGCGCGUAUACAACUUAUCGUUAUCGUUGUGUAGUGUGACCUGGGCUUUAGAGUUUAAGGGUUGCAAAGGACAACCUUUUUCGAAUUAGCUGUAUAUACUAAGGUGAGACCUGCAGUGUAAGAAUCUCGCUCGAUAUAAUGGAACUAUAAACCUUUGACCUUCUGUUAGGUGCCCAAUGAUUACGCGAUGACGCAAAUGGAUCCUGUAUACCUCCCUAUCAAUCCAUACAUAACACCGUCUAAUGGCUACUAUCCCUCAACACCCAACACACAAGGAUCACCGUACAUUGAAACGUAUUCGGCAUAAAACAAGACGUCCCGUUUCCCAGGUAUUAACAGAAGAAAAACAGAGUAUUCUUAUAAAAAAAGUAAAUUUAUUAUUAUAUUUAAAUUAUAUACAAAGUAAUUUACGAUGCAGCGAACUACAAAAUAUUGAUAUUAUACUUUUUACAUGUGGACUUUAAGAAGGUUUUGUUUAUAAGAGAGACGCGAUUAAGGAUAGUCAAUAUGACAUCCUUUUACACGCGUCAAAUUUUAGAAUUAGCAAUUGAGCUUUUCAUGAAUUUCAUCCGUAGCGAUUCCCCAAGGUUAGAGCCUCGUUACUAAAUGCCCAACACCUUUUCAACAUGAUAUGUCAGAAAAUAGUGUACCAUUUUAUCUCGUUCUUUUGUCAGUAAAAUUAUGGCUUGGUUCAGACGUCGCAUUUUGCAUCUGUCGAACAUUAUAUUCAAGAGAGAGAGCUACAAUUUCCGCGAGCUACAAUCAUGGAAAUUAUUAAACUGACUGUGACGUACCUUGUCUUACUAUUUUGUAAAGCCAUUCUAUUUUUAGUUAAUACAAACUUCCUUGAUCGCUGGAAAUAGUAACCCCCACCCACUCUCCCCAGUACAAUGGUUCAAAACAUGAUUAUUGAAUGACAAGUCAACAUUGUAAAGGGGGAGGGGGGGAAAUCUUGGAAAUUUUCAUUAGUCUACAAAUUAAUUUCCACUAGAUUGUACAUGCAAAAUUCGACGCCCUUUCAGACAUCGAAUUUUGCAUGUACUGAAUUCAAUUCGGCUUGGGCGUUGCCUGGAAUGAUAUAAAGCUUGAGACGUAUAAAAAUCUCGUUUAUAAAGAUGAUUAAGGUUAAAAUAGACAAAAUUUUUAAAAAAUUACUAAGAACAUACGCAGAUCGUUCAAAGAACAACCCUCAGAGGAACGUAUGAACACAUGUGCUUCGCAAGGAUGAUUUGUACUGUAUUACAAACCACUGCAAUAGUACCGUGUGGUACUUAACUCCGAAAUUUAAGAAAGUAGCAAGAAUAUUUAAGCCUAAAUUUUUCGGAAAAUAGAAAUAUCUAAAGAUUAAUUUGUCUUUUUCCGAAGUGCCAACAUGUGACAUUUCAAUACCAGUAACAUUAGGCCACAUAAAAAAAUUACUUGUUUAGCGUCCCCGCCCGACCUGAUAAAAGUCCCCGACCUCCAAUUAUUUUUUUUUUUUUAAUCUGUCCGAGUUUAGUGCAAAAACUCUCUAUAAAAAAGACCGUUUUACUUGAAAAAAUGGUGAUUUUAUUCUUCUGGGAACUAUGUAAUACGUUUACACAAAGUUUCCUUCCCAGAAUAUGCCUGUUCGCAGCUAAAGUGUUCGCGCGUGACCGCCAAACGGUAAUUUUCUGUUUUAUUAAAAACAUGAACGGUAUCAAAAAACAUGAACGGAUUUUGAAAGAAUUAAAGUGAGUUUUGACUGUGGUAAAAUACUGGAUUUCCUGCAUUUAGCAGAAUUUUGUGUUGCAUUUUACGAAAAAAAACAAACAAAAAAACCCGCCCGCCCGACCUAGAAAAAUUAAAAUGGGUGGACGCUAAACAAGUAAAUUUUUUUAUGUGGCCUUACGUGAAGUCUUUAAAGCUACGUCCAACCGAAUUAAAUUAAUGAGUCUGAAACCUCGUCGCAGUUUGCUCCCAUUAUACGACCAUGCACACCCAUCGAAUUUAACGUUACGAUCGACCAUAAUCAGAAACGUCUAAUUUAAUUGUUUCAGAUAUCGAAUUUUGCAUGUAGCAUAAUGGACCAUUUGCAUUUUUUACUAAAUUUUGACCUAAACAAGUCUAGACAAAAAUUUUAUCACAGCUUGAAAGAGCAUCACAAAAUUAGUAAUAAUAUUCCAAAGUUUCGUCGCGAAAUGUUGUAAAAUGCGGAUAAUAUAGCCUUGCGAAGUUUGCCGUUUUUCGGUCAUUUUGUAUUACAAACGGGAAAUUGACAGCCCCAAAGGCUGUCAAUUUCCCCCGCGUAAUGCAAAAUGACUGAAAAACGGCAAACGUCGCAAGGCUGUAUUAUCCGUAUUUUACAUCAUUUCGCAACGAAACUUUGGAAUAUUACUAAUUUUGUGAUGCUCUUUCAAGCUGUGAUGAAAUUUUUGUCUAGACUUGUUUAGAUCAAAAUUUAGUCUAUAAUGUAAAUGGUCCAUUCAAGCUAUUAAAUUCGACAUGUACAAAAUGCGACGUUUGAAACAGGCCUUAGACACAAUUCCUCGUACAUCUUACAAUGUUGUACUGGCUUCAUUUUUGCGCCAGCGAACUAUCCAGAGUAGUGUUGAGAUCACUGGGCUAUACACUGACCUUACCUGGAGGAAGUGCUCUUAUCUUCCGCCAAUCAAAAACGUGUCUCUAGAAACAUGGUGGAUUUUGUCGAGCACUUCCUCCUAAUUAGUGUGGCUAAGUGGGCCUAUAUCACAAUUCAACACGAUUCAAGAUGAUGUCGGUAUUGAUGAAAAGGUCAAUUGCCUAAAAUACACCGAAUUCGCGAUACAAAGAAAUCCACAUGCUUUUGCAAUCGAGAGAUAUCGUUGGCAAAAUGUCCAAGAAAGAAUGAACGAUGGGUUUUGACGAGGAGAAUUAAUGUUUGCCAACUUUAUUUCGCCUUGCAUGUAACUUGUGUACAGUUUAUUCUUGUUACAUAUAGCAUGUGUAUAGCUAAGUUUCCUUCCAUAUACGUGUAGAAUAUAUCACGACAUCAUAGUAGAGAAAUUUUAACAUACAUUUUAGGAAUAGUCAAAUAUAUUUUGUAAUGUUUGUUCAUGUGCAUCUUCCAUUGCUGCCGAGCGUCAAGUUAUCAUUCAUUUCAAUGUUGAUCUUAUUCUUCCAGUAAGAUAGGAGGCAAGGUUUGGCCAGCUGGUCCAUGGAAAUGAAACCUGUAGAAAAAGACAAUAGUUUGGGUUUAUGCAUAAUAAAACGUAAAGCCUGCUGAUCAUUCAGAAUAAAAGCAAGGUUUGGUCACAAGUCGAUUAAACCACUCUUCUGAAUUAAGUUAUUUUUGUCUUUUCGCUUAUAUUUUAAAGGCACAAUUCAGCCUUUCGAAUGAUGGUUUUUAAGGCGCAUUUCAGUCCUUUUAAUUGAAAAAACUAACUAGGAAAAUCAAUUACUAGUAAGCAUAAUUCAAGAUCAG